ACUGUGUCCCUCUGCUCUGCAACAGGUAACACCUCAACGACAAAUCUCUGCGCUGGGACUUAAUCUUCAAUGUCAGGGAGUAAAAAUUCUCAUUCAGGUAAGGGCCUUAGCUCUAAAGAUAAGACAUUUCUUCUCAUGUGUUUGCCGAUUUAUGGUCUGUUGGCAUGUGUUUUUUUUAAUGAGGGUAAAGGUUUCUGACGAAUAGAGUUUUGCCUUUCAAGCAACUCCUUGGAUCGCCUUAUGCCUGUCCUCUUUCUGCUUGUCCUCAGGUUUUGUCAGCAGAUCUGAGAGGAGAGGUUCAACAUUUUCUUCUUGGACAUUUUGGAGAGGAAUAGACAACACUAAACUGCACUGACCAAAAAAGGGACGGGGAAUCAGAGGAAAAACAACAAAAUGAUGAUGGAACUGAGGAUCCAGCUGAUCCCAACAGGGGAAAUCAUCCUCCCUCCAGGGAAGAAUGGAGAAAACUACUGCCACGGCUGCAAGGUCAGUUCACAUACUGCGGCAAAGUCUGGGGUCAAAUAUGGAGUCAGAUUUUUCCACUCACACUAAAUUCUAAAGGAUUUUGUGCAGCUAAGUUGGCAAGAGUGAAACAGCUGAGGUUAGAGGGUUCAUCACCCACAGGGAAGGCAUUAUGAGACCAUUGUCUUUAAAGGGCCAAAACUGUAAAAUCCCUGCUCUGAUAAUUCAGACCAAGUUGGUAAGAAAUGAAGUUCAAGCCAAGUGGGCUGGCUCUGAAGACUUUCAGAUGAGUAAAAUGUGACAUAAACUUAAAAACAAAGAGUAGGAUUGACUCAUGUCAGCCAGAUGAUAUUUCCAUUAAAUCUUUACUCAGAAUCAACACAGGAGGUGACUUUUUUUAUCCCAUCUCGUCUUAGAUUUUUUAAGUUACUCUAAUAAUUAUGACUUUUAAAUGUUAUAACUUUGACUUUUUAAUUCAACUUUUGAUGCCAAUAUUUUAAGGUUCAAGGUCAUUUAACUUGUACCUGAAAGUAGAUUAGGUUUACAGUAAGGGAGGUGACCUUUCUAAAAAAAAACAAAAAAACAACAAAUAAAAAACACAGAACAAGACAAGAGAAGUAACUAAACUGCUCCACACCAAAAGGAAUAUCUCUGUAAAAACAAGGUAAAAUAAACUAUUUGUAGAUGCAAAAUGACAUAUAAAUAAGGUAAGAAUAAAAAGAAAAGGCAAUUGUCAAUAAUAAAAAAACAUUUAAAUGCAUGAUAAAAGAUCAAUAAAUUUAAAGUACAAAAUUUCAUGUGAUUUCGUACUGAUACUUUGUUAUUGUUCAUUAAACUGUGCCAGGACUUUAAAAUUCUGUAGAUAUCGAAAGAAAAAAAUAGACAAAGUAUAAAAUAACCACCUUCUCUGAACAGAGGGCGAAAACACAACAGAUCUAAAAUUCCUUACAGUACUUUCUAUAUUUAGGGCCUGUGUCCACCAAGCGCUGUUAUCUUCGCUGACAGAGCUUUUCCCACCGGUGCCUAUUGUUGCUGAGCUACUACAGUUCAUGUCCUCUUCCCUCACAAUAAUGAUGAGUUCAAUUUGAUUUUUAAGAAGUCAGAAACUCACAUUUAAAUUCCAGCAUGUGGCCAGAAAUCUGAACUCAAACUCAGGAAACUGAGGGUACCUCUGAGCUUGAAAUCCAAAAUGUUAACAGUGGUAAAAGCUGUUUUUUAAUAGUGUAGGCCUGUAUUGACAAUGUAUUCUCAUUUUGUGUAAUUAAAUCAAUCAUAUUAAUAUUAUUAUGCAUUUUACAUAUUGUCAUGUUGCUUCUAUGUGCAGACAGUCUAUUGUUGCCUGGAAUUGGCCGGCAAUCCAAAUCAAAAGAGCUACGACACCAAGUUCAAAGUGAAAAAAGCACCAUUAGCAUAUAUAAAAAUGAUCUGUUGGUGUUAUAUUUGCUUUCAUUUUGUGCCAUUUCAAAAUAAAAUGUAAAAAAUGUUAAUAAAAAUUAGGGUGUAGAGCAGGAAAGCGCCUCAGACCUAAAAAUUUCACUGGCUGUUUCCUCCUCUGUAUAGACCUUCUGCCAGUUUGAUUGACAAAUUUGAUUUCAGCAGCCCCGCCCCUUCUUGAUUUUGAUUGGUUGAUGACUAAGCAGUGCCGUUGAUAGAUUCCAAAAGUGAAACAAAAUUCAGCUGAGACUAAAAUGAAAGCUAUGUGCUGAAGGAUGUAUUAUUAGACAUAGACCCUUAAUCUCAGUCUUAACUCUUCAUCAGAUCAUGUUUUAUUUACUACUUUUUAUCUUUCUUUCUUUAAAUAUUUUUUUUAAUCAAACGUCUAAUCUUUUUAAGGGAAAAGUUCCAACUUUUUGUCUUCUAUAUUUCUUUGUUUAUUGACUUUUGAACUCAUCACUUUUUAUGUCUUCUUCUGCAAAUCUAAAUUAGGUUUUUGUCUGAUUUCUUACCUCAUAGUUUUGCUUUUAUCACUGUUCUCUGACUUUAAUCGUCCAGCUUCAAAGUUUUAUCCCCCAGUUUACCUACCCUAAUUUUUUUCAAACCUGAUAUUUCUUCAUGUUAUUUUAACAGAAAGUCUCAUGAAUUUAAUUUUUGUCCCCUAUAUUUUAAUUGUUUUAACCUUAUUGGAAAGAUGUGUUGUACUUUAAUGUACUGUAGCUCUUACUUAAUUGGAAUUUCCCCCUGUGGGACUGAUAAAGGACUAUCUUAUAUAAUAUCUUAUAAUCAUCAUUUUCUGCUUUAUUUUCAUGAUAUAUUUCAAAUAUUCAAAAUUAAUUCAUACCUUUUUUUUAAAAUCCUCAGUCAGAUAAUUUCAGAUUUUUUUAUUUAUGGAGGCUGAAAUGAUAUUCAUUAAUUAGUUAUAAGUAAUAUGGGAUACGAUUAUUUCAAAGAUUUAAAUUAAGACAUGUCCGUCACUUUUUUGCCUCAUUUCUAAGCACAUUUUCUGGACUCAGCAUCACGCUAGUUUAUUUAGAUAGUACUUUUUCAUUCCUUAGUUCUUGACCCAAACUUUUGCUCCUGUCACAUCUCAAAGAGGUUUGUAUGUAAGGGAGUAAAAGAGAAACCUCCUUUUUAAAGCAAACUCUGCUGUGUUACAUGUUUGAUGUCCUUGUCUUACAGAGGAGUUAUAACAAAAGCUAAUGCCCUCUAUCUGUUGAUACAGUAUCUAAGGAAUGAGGGAGUGGACUUUUUAAGAUCAAUCUUCCCCUGGUAUGGGGCACCAUUUGGUACAGUGGAGCGUGGGCUGACACAGGAUUAGGAUGUACAUUAAGAGGAAUGUGUUGUGUUAAACGCAGCACGCUGUGAGCUGGUCAGGGAUGAUUAGGGAGGACAGGAAUGUACUGUAGCUCUUACGGGAGGAAACGACAGAGACAUUCCUGUACACAACUUCAUUUUUCCUCUUCCAACAUUCCUCCAAGGUCAAACCAGCCCGUAUGUGUGAGAGAAAGGGGUCCUUAGGGUCAUCAGUUGUUUUCUUAAUAAGACCUUGUAACUUACAUAUGUCGUGUUGAAUGAUGAAUGGAUUUAACUUUCGGAUAGCUGGAGAUAUGAUUGAUUUGAUGAUGUGGGGGUUAUGCAGCGAAUUUUGUUUCUGCAGACAUGAAUAAAAAGUAAAUUCGAUAAUAACUGUGAACCCUAUUACUGUUUGGUCCUAUCAGCUAACAAAAAACUUAACUCAGAACCUAAACAGUCUUGAGGAAAUCUAGAUAAGAGAAACUUGGGAAUAGCUAAGCCAAAACUUAGUUUUGCAGAUGAAUGGUGGUUUUGUCUGCUUUUGUUGUUCAUAAGAAGGCCUCACUUUUAAAGUCUGUCUGUUGUCAAGUACGUAAAAAUCUCCUCAGAGGAGCUUUAAGUCUGGAAAUAAAGGGAAAGAGAAAGGACAGAGCUCUGACAAUGGGAACUGUAAUUUAGAGGUACUUUUUGAACUUGAAAACACCAAGAAACUAAGAUAGGAUAAAGAUAAGAAAUAGAACUUUAUUGAUCCUAGGUUGAUCGAGGUUUCAUGUGAUUUCAAGAAAUUAUUGUUCAGUAAAGUGGCACUGUGGGGAACUCUAGUGACUUAGUGUGAGUUUGUGUGUCUUAUUCUUGGCAGUGUUUCCUGCGUUAGAAGUGAAGAGGAUGAGGGGUCAGCGUCAAGACUGGCUUCUCGUCCAGAAAAGUCUGUCUAAUAUUUCUUUGUCAACAGGAUACAACCCGUCUCCCUCUCUCUCUCUCUCUCUCUCUCUCUCUCUCUCUCUCUCUCUCUCUUUGUGUGUGUGUUAGUGUGUGUUCCUGACUGAAUCAAUAUCACUCCCCCCUCUGGCAGUGCAGCUCUAUUACAGUCACUGUUUGACCUUGACAUCCAGUUGAGCAGCUGUUUGAGGUCACAUUUGAACUGGCACGUCACGGGCUAAUUAAACUCAGAAUGAACAGAGAAGCCUGAGAUUGGCUGAAGUUCAUCAGCAGAUUAUUUCUGCUCUGUGGUUUCACAGAGUUUUUGUACUAUGAUUAAACACCCAAGCAUGAUUGAGAUUUAAAUUUAAUGGCCUUACUGCAGCCUGACAGUAGGGGGAGCUCUAGAUGAUUUGGCUUCUUUUAUGCAUCUAUGAACAAAAAAAUGACUUCAAUCAACUUAACAGACAUAAACUUUAAGAUAUAUUUUGUGUGAGUAGGUAAAGUAGAUGAAAUAUUUCAUUUUCAGCAAAGUUCAUUAUGAUUAUUAUUAUUUUAAGGUUAAAACUUACUGCCAAAAAGUCUAUCAAUUUGAUGCCAGCUUCACUUUUCCUUUCUCCACUCUACUUUCAUAGGAUGUUUGAAUUUACUCUGUAUCUUCUUUUAGGAUGUGGUAUUUUAUCCAGAGGCCCUCUCACAAUGGGGGGCACACGGUUUGCAGAGCCGGAAGGUGCAGUGGCGGCUCCGGGGACGGUAGAGGGUAUGAGAGCUCUUCUAAACAGACGUGAGAGGAGUCUGGUGCAGCCCUGGCAUUAUAUCAUGACUCUGUGGUGUAAUUUACGGAUGAACUAUAGUGGCAACACCCUGCGUUGACAGAAAAGACGAUGUCAUACCAGCGGCACCAAAGUGCAUUCAUGUAUCUGUCUAUUUCAAUGGCGUUUACACACAGUUUGAUUUUUGCAGUUUGUCAGUCAGAAGUAGCAAUAGUUUAAAAGUUUAUUUAGAAGACACUUAAGUUUGUUUUCCCCACUUACUUCUACUGAUUGGACCGUGCAAGUGUGAGUCAGUUUGGGAAACAACAGUCUUUAUUUUCGAACAGAGUUAGGUCCUGUCAGGUUAUUUUUCUUUCAACUCACUAAAGGUGUCUGUAUAUUAUUCGACACCGGCGAAGCACGGAAGUCUGGCACGCUUAAGUACCUCCAACCACGAGGUGGGUUAUUUAUCCACUAUGUGAGAGAUGAGGAGAUUUGAAAAGGACAGGUGCUUUCAUUGAAACCCGGUUAUUUUCCGGCUUGCGGACUGUUUGCAUAGACAACAAUGACGACAUGAUGCAUGGCAGGGUUUGAGUCAUAAAGGAGCAGAGGGAUGGGUUGUUGUUGAACUUCCUGGUGUAAAAGGGCUCAACAACUCUCCGAUGACAGAAAAAGAAGGGGGAAAUUGCCACACCACUCCCUCAGAGAGGUUAAGGGAACUCAAUCCAAGCGAAACUACACAUUCACAGUCUUUCUUCAUAUUAUCUCUCAUUUCACCACUAAUGAUGAGAAGUUCGGUUUAUUUCAGUGAUUCACAUAAUUUUGCUCUGUUUCAUUCAAAUGCUCCAUUCAAAUACCUCAUAAUACUAAGGGUUGAAAAUUGGGUUAUGCAAUAUUUAGAAAACACCAUUACCUGACAAUGCCAUGUAUAAAAUUACCAGUAAAAAAGAAAAAAAAAAGAUUAUUUUCACAGAUCAAAAGGGGUGUGUACAGAAAAGUGACACAUGGUGGCACGGUCCCCACUGGUAUCUAAUUGGCCACCCUAGUUGCAACUAUUUAAUCCUACCUAAACUAUAACUGGUUACUUGCGUUACCAUGUACGGGAAUUAUGUUAAAUAUAGUUGUAUAGUUGUCAAACAUUGUUCACUUUCUUUUGUUUGACACCAAUUGAUUGAGAAAUAGACUGAACUGCUAUUUUUUUUUUCAUAAGGCAGGUACAGCAAAGAGGAAUUAGUCCAUAAAAGAUAGGUAUCUAAUAAUAUUAGAAGUAGUUAACUUACAUUUUUAAAGUAUUAACUACUUAAAGACAGACAUAUUUUUGGUCCAUGUGAUAGAGUAUUCUGAAUCCUUACAGUGUUAGGUUUUGAGACUUAUGUUGUCAAUAAUUGUGUAACGUUUUAAAAUUGAAGAGAAUACACACAUAUCUAUCUUUUUGAUACCUGAAUAAUAGCAGAUAGUGAAGGCAUAAAUUGUGAUUCAUCCAAAUGUGCUGGAACAUACUUUAUCAUACCCCCUGCAUGAGUCAGAGACCCAUAUAGGACCACCCAAGUCAUACAAGCUAGGAUAUUAUCCCCCUGCAGACAGAUGCCAAGCCGAAUUCUGACAGCCACAGAAAUGAGUCGGUUUAAAGAGUCAACUCGUUUGCGAACAGCGCACCACAACUCGCCCUUGAAAUAUAACUAUGACAGGAUCUGGUAAUAUGAGUAUUACACUGUCGAACCACCAGAGGAGGUGAAGUCUCUGCUGAGGCUGCAGUCUGAGAGAAGUCAAAGUUGUGACAGAGCCCACAGUGGGUGCGCUGGUGUGGACUGGGAGUGGUGGGAGGGUCUGGAGAAACCUGGCAGAUACUAGUCACAGAUUUUUCUGACUGUGGAGCAGAGGGUUUGAACUAAAAAUCCCCACCGGUCUUUUUUGGACAGUUUUACCCAGUCGAAGAGGAGAGAGACCAGCUCUCUUUUGACCUCGGCCGUUUUAAGGUAUGUUUUGUCUAACGUUGGCACUGAGACUUCACAUAACUGCCGGUUUUUAGCGUUAAGUUUCUUUAAUGUAAUACUGCUCGGUAGUCGACCGUUAACUUUCGAUUCACGCAAUCUUAAAAGAGUCGGAUAUUUACUAAGGUAACACUUGGAAAGUUUCUGCACACUAAUUCGUGACAUUGCAGCGUGCUUGGGUGAGUGGGCAGGGAAAAUCUUGACUCGUGCCAUAUGGGGAAGACGCCAUACCAAAUGCCAUCUGAAAAUGUGUCAAUUUAAGGCCAGAGAGCCCUGCCGGAAGAUAUUUUAUGCCGUAGGGUAUUAUUGAUGAGCUCUGACAACUCAGUGGAAGUUACUGUUGAUUUCUGGAUAUGUUUGGCAUCCAAACAUUAUCUAACUUUGUCAGCAUUUCAACGUUUAAACUCGAUCAAACUAACCGACACAUCGUUGAUUCCACGCUAACGUCUCCACCGUUUUAACACUGGGUUGCAUAAGGUUUGGUUUGAAGGUUUCAGCACAUCUUUCAAUGGAGUUAGGUUUUUUUCUUUUAUUACGUGUCAGCUAUUUGGAUCUUGCAAACGCCGGUGAAUUUUCUGUCUAUUAAGUGACAGAUAUGUUGGCUCAUAGCCAAGUAUUGAUUUUGGCAGUUAGCCUACAACUUGGAACCCCCAAGUUUGGAUUGUCUUUUUGAUAGACUGAGCAGGGGCAGAUCCAAACUUUUGUUGGCUAGGGGGACCCAACAUUAAGCAUGUGGUCUCUUUGCUUCCGACUGUUAUUAUAAUGGUUUAAGUUAUAAAUCUUUUGCCAGUUUUCUGUCUCUGCUUUGGCUUGGAGAGUGGUCUCCAGUUGCAACUGCAUCCCUGAUUGUAGUUUUCUGACAGUUGUACUUCUACCCCCCAGGACCCCCAGCUCAAAAACUGAUGGAAUGGCCAGGCUUGAACCUGUCAGGAGUUGUGCUGCCUGAGGGGCAACUCCUCUCCUAAGUUUAGGAAUGUCUGUGCUUGGAAUAAAGAUGCUUCUGAGAGCUCCAAGAAUAUCACAUAUGAGCUAAAGUAGUGAAGGGCCACAUGUUCAUGACUGGCCUCUCUGUCACUUAUAAAGAUGUUUAAUCCAAGUUCUUGCAGCUUGUGCAACAUUAUAAGGUCUAGUAGAUGGUGAUCCUGCUGUCUUGUAGGUAGUGGGUAAGAUGCUCAUCCAGGGUCUGAGUGUGACAGCCUCACUCUCAGACUAAGCUAACACUGGUACAUUGGUUAAGCAUUGAACAUCUGAUCAACCUGACAUUGAUCAUCGUGCAUCUACACUCAGUUGAGAGCUGACAUGCUCCCUGUAACAGUGUUUUCUAUGGUCACAUUCUGGCAUAAGACUGCUUUUUGUUUUCUUCUCUUUGGUUGAUGUCUCCAUCUCUCAGUUCCCUGUAUCUGUAAAACCUCCCUCUCCCAGUUUCAGUUUUGUUUUUUAAUGAUCUUUUUACAUUGCUGGUGACUGGUCAGGAAUUAACUACAGUCUAAUGUUUUGGACUGGUUGUUUUUGCAGUUAAGAAGUUAAACACUGUUAAGAAAUUUUGACUAAUCAGAACCCGUAUUUGGAUAAAGUUCAUCUUCUUGCUGUAUAACGUACCCAGCUAGUAUAAAAAGAGACCAUAACCCUGUACUGUAGGAUGAUGCUUGUGUAAUAGACAAAGACGCAAGGAAAUAAACCUCAAUGGGUGAUAUACUUCUUUGGGGUCAAGCUGCUUACAACAGUUGGCCUGUUGCGUUAAGGUUACCUGGAGGUUAGGACCCCCUAGCAUUCACUGCCUGCCUGCAGCUGCCACUCAGCUGACUGUCACUCUGCUGUCAGUAAGUUUGAGGUAAGCGCCUUUAGAUGACAGGUGGAGAUGAUUAGCUUCAAAGUGACAGGCGCUGCAGAGGAGCAAAGACAGCAGUGUUGCAGGAGUGAUGUGCAUGGCAUGUGUUUGGCAGCAAUGGUCUAUCAAUUCAACAAAUGUGUAUGUGAAAAUUUCAUGUAUUUAGGGGACUUUAGAGAUUUCAGUUUUUGUAAUUUCUCAAAUGCAUCAGAGUGUCGGGUUGGUUGGAUUCAAGAAAGCAACUCAAAGAUGCCACUUUUGUCUUUAGAGGAAUCCAACCAAGAUUUUUCUGACAUUUUUUCACAUUUCAUAGACUUUACAAGAACUUGAUUCUGAAAAUAGUUGGUCAGUUUCUGAACUGUAACAUUGGUGGUACUCCAAGAAAAGUAUUUAGUUUACUUUCACAGUUUGUACUGUUACCCAGCUUGGCACAACACACACAUCGAUGCGCUGUUGUCGAUACAUUUUUCCAAAGCAGCUCCCUCUUGUUGUUUACACUCCCCAGUGAAAUUUAUUCAGCCGCAUUUUCCAUCGGACUGAUGAGGCGCAGAUGCUUUAAGGCAGACUUUUCCCUGGCCUCAAAGCCUAUUUUAAUCUUGAUGGGCUGGGUUUUGGGAGAUAUUUCUGGUCCGUGGCUGUGACAGAGUUGUGGUGAGGGUGGUUUUUACUAAUUUGGGGUUAGAAUGAGAUUUUACCCCAAAUCUCGGUCUGCUUCUGCAAUGGUCAGGCAUUUCCCUCUGACUUCUCUUACUUAUGUAAGAGAAAACACAUGGCUUGGGAAUUUUUGAAAUGUAUUUAAGAUAAUGAUAACUAAGUAGCAUAAAUGGUGGGUUUCUAAGGUCGCUGAUGAAAGUUGGUGACGUUUGAGUUUUUAUCUGAUCAUUUACAGGUCUGGCUUUGCCCAAGUAGUGGAUUCCUUUAUGGCAGAUUCCUUACUUAUCAAGUUCAAGCAUCUGUUUCAGAGGUAGUAUUAGUAAACAGGAGAGAAACUGAAUGAGCGGCGAUGAUGAUGAGAACCGUCCGAUUAUCAGUCUCUCAGACUAGCUGCUGUCUGCUUUAGGUGGAUAUAUGAACUGUCAUCGACCGCAGCUUUCCUGUAAGGUUGUGUCUGAUACAUGAGGUGUAGAUCCUGGGUGGACAGCAGAGGAUACACCUGACUGUCUGUCUGCUAUCCAGACCUCCACCAACACCCCUGAAACAGGAAACUCUCUCAUGCAUGCAUACUCCCUCAAACAGACUCAUGUACUUGAACUUUAUUGAAGGGGAUUGUUCAGUGGGGAGAUUCACUUCCUCUUUUAUGGCCUUUUAAUGCAAACAUGUCAUAUCAAACGUUAAGAUACUGAUGAAUGUCAGGGACGCAGAAGAAACCGUUGUCAUGCUGUGGGAAGUUUUUAUCACACGGAAAUGAAAUAUGUGAAAAAAUAAACCAGGAUAGUGUCCGUCAGAACUGUUCUAUUUAGGAAGUUGGUAAGAGAUCAUAACAUAGUAAGGAAAUCAGAUGUCAUUGCAUUUAAAUGUAUAUUCUCAGUGGCUAAUAUGGUAACAGACAAUUUUUUUUGAUGUAGGAGUGUUUUAGAGUUUCAUGUUGCCAUCUAAUUUAUCAGGAUCUUCAGAGCUGGGAUAGAGUUGAACAUUUUUAUGCUCAUAAGCCCUUGUUCCCCUGUUAUUCCUAAUCCUAGUAAUACAUAACUCUCAAUAAAAUUGAUGUUUGAGGAAACAGUUAAAUCCCUGUACAUUUGUCUUCAAUAAAGAAAUAAGUUAAAUGCAACAAAACCUCUUUCUGCAGCAGACAGUAAACAUAUUCAGUGCUGACGUGGGCAGUUUAAUGUGGGCUGUGAAAGGGUGUCUUUGGCUUCAAGAGCCAGCCUUUAAUGAAAACUUGAGGUUGUUGCUUUGUAAAUCAGAGCUUUUUUAAAAACUAUUGUUAAAUGAUACAACUACCUCCACUUAGGUUACAUUACAGGCAGAGCAUGGGAAAUUUUUUAGCUGCUUUACCGGGGUCUGCAGUGGAGAUGAGAAUUCUCAGGUGGCUGAUGAUGUAGGAUGCGAUGAAGAUUGGAAAGGACAGGGAAGGACUAACUCAUUGCAGAUGUUGUGUACACUUUACAGAGGCUGACAGCUCUGAAUGUGAGCCAUACUGCAGAGAAGCUUGGAGCUACUGAGGGUUUUUUGCAGGAAAACAAAAGAACAUGAGAAGGUGUUUCAUUAGAGAUGAAUUAGCUCGGGAUGAGUCUGUGAUGAAAUAUAAUCUAAAGUAUAAUGAAACAUACCCACAAAAUAAACUUUUCUCCAUCUCUGUUUAGACACAUACUCAUGUAAAGGUGACCGUAAGCUGAAGACAUAUGAGAUACACCAAAACUGUAUACUUUUCAAUAUAAUCACUGUUGAGUAUAUAACCUCUCGUGGGUAAAAGCUGGAGAGCAGACAGGAACAGGAAGAAAGCCUGAAAGUGAUCCUGACAGAUGACCCGCUAACUCACACAACUCCAUGUGUAAGUUCAGUCAUGGGUUACACAGAUGUUCAGCGUCAUACACAUUAAACUAGACACGCCUCGUUCAUCCCUGAUUACAGCAUGAACCCAAGCAUUUAGAUACAGUCAGGUCUUUGGACAUGGCGCUCUGAUAACAUUAAGCACAGAUAUCACAGCAGACUAAGCCGGAGAUGACACCGAUAAGGGCCCUAAUGCAGCGGUGAAUUGAGGUUCAAGGUGCAAACACAGCCUCUCUGCUCAUUUGUUACUCCUCUCAGAUAAAAUCUGAUCAGUCAAUUAUUGAUUUGCUGUGAAAGUAAUUGUGUUCAGAUUAAAAGACAGAGAGUUGUGAAAAAUGUCCGUCAUAAUUUUCCCCGAGUUCAGAGUGAGGUCUUUGUGAAAAAAUUAGCUGUUAAACCCUAGAUAGCUUUUUUCAGCUUCUCAAACUGUCUGACAACAAUAACAUUUCUUCUUGGCUGUUUUAUCACAAUAAAACUUCAAUUCAACUGUGUUUGGAUAUCAUAAUUUGAAGUAGUCAUGCUGAUAAACUCUUUAUUGCAAAAUUUCACUUUUGCAGGCUUGUAACACCGCAACUGAAAUUUCACAGCUGUCAUACUCUUAAUUGUUUUUGCAGAAAGUUUUGCCAACACAGAUAAUCUUAAAUUUGUCUUAACACUCCCUCGACGUCAGAACAGCUAAUGUCCCACAUUUCAGCCAAAAGGCACUUAAAUCUGACACCGUGAUCACUUCGUCUCACCCUUCUUGUUUAGAUUACACCCAAUUCUUACUCAGCUGUGGUGUAGACAAGCCUCACAAACAGGCUUAUAAAUACUCUGUAAGACAUCGUAACAUCUGUGAUAGCAAACUCAGGAAUGAGGCUGAGAUUUAAAAGAUUAUCUAGAUGGUGCCAUUGGUCUUGUGUGUGUGGGGGGAUAGUUGUCCAGAUUGUGACUAAUCGAGACAGUGAUGAUGUGAGAAGUUGAGUCAGAUAUUUGGACGGGAAUGGUUUUGGAGACAGUGAACGGGAAAAGGAAUUGAUCCAGACAGGCAGCAGAAGAUACAGAUGCAGAAAUAUGAUAGGAGGAGAGAGCAUCUAUGUGUGAGUCCCACAUAUAGAUGAUACCCAGCAGCAGUUGAAGUUCAUGCACUGACCAUUUUAUCAGUUUUUCUUUAUUUUGGCCCAGUUAAGUUGCUAUCUUCUAGUAACAAAGUAAUGGACAGUGUCUCUAUCUCAGUACUCCUUGUGAACUUGUUGUGUUUUGUAUCGCUUCACCUGCUGAAGGAGGUUGUGACCGAUGACAUUACCACAACAUUAGAGCCAACAUCUGCUCAGAGGGUGCCAACAGUGUUUUUGUCAAUCAUUCUUUCAGCUAUUUUCAUUGAUUUUCAUGUGUCUUUGCUGCUUUAUGAUCUUGUGGAAAAACCUUUUGCACCCCUUUCAAAAUAAAAGAUUGAUUAAAUUAGAUACAACUUCAUUCACCCCUUUGGGCAAUUAGUACAAAAACCACAGUUUUAUUGGACAGUUUGUCCUCUAAAGUUGUCACUUUUAGAAAACAUAAGAAACGGUUGUGUUGUGAACCCAACACCCUGAUUAAUAAUGUAUUAAAUCAAUAAGCAUUUGUGCACAGAAGAAAGGAAGAGGUUGAAAAGAGAGAGAAUGAGGCAUGUUCGUGUUAGGAGAAGCUUGCAUCAGCUGACGGUAAUAAGAUUGUUUUUUCGGCUUGAUUCUGAGAAUGGGACACUUGACAGAAUACUAAUAUUAAACAUAUUUCCUUAAACGGUGCAAGCUGUUUCUAAAGUGGUGUUUGAUUCAUUUGAGGUCAUUCUAGUUUUAGUGAUGUUUUUGAGAUUUCAAUAGUACUGACUGACCACAGAUUGUCAGUGAUUAAAAGCUACUGUGAGGAAAGUUUAGCAAGUUGGGAAACAGACUCAAAUUAAAAUUGAAACCUCUUAAUGACUCAGAAAAGUAAACAAGACUAUCCACAUGAAGAGUGACCAUUUUAUAAUAGUUAUUGAUAAUGUGUUCAACCACUGGCAGGGGGUAGGUGUCAAGUGAAAGUGUGUAACAGCACACAGACAAAACGGCCUUUGUUUACAUUUUCAAUGCCAGAGAUGCUGGGUUUGAGUGCUUCAACAAAACAGGAUACAAAGAUCUUCACAGGAGCUUUAAAGUGUUGGCUGAAGUUCAAGGUUGAAUGCAGUUAUUGAAAACUGUAGAUUUUACCCUCAGAUAUUUGAUGCCAAAAAGAAAAAAACUGAGUUAUUUUUAAAGCUAUCCAAGGCUUUAGUAGUCCAUGACUCUGCUCAGUCUGCAGUGUAAGUUUGUUUCUCAAGAAGGAGCUGUAGGAGUCUAAGAUGACAGAGAGAAAGUGAGGCUUUGAAACUGAGCAGAAAUACUUUGUAGAGUGAGAAGAUGGUUCACUGGAAUGGAAAUAGUACGGGUAUUUGCCUGGCAGCGGUUCAGACUUUGUCUUACCUGCAUGUGGAUGAGUCACACUGUGUGGAAGAGUGUGUACGUGUAGUGUGUGUGUGUGUGUGUGUGUGUGUUUCUGGUUGGUUUUAGCCUGCCCCUGUGGGCAGCCGCUCUGGCUUCUCCAUGCAAUUCUUUCCCACAUCCCAAAGCUGCAGGCCCUGCUGUAGAGCGAGCCCCGCCCUGCUGGGAAUAGACCUUAUGAGUGACUGAAUCCUGCCUCUCAGUGUCACAGCUCUGACUGUGACUGUGAGACUGGAAAGCAGCCUGGAAAUGAGUCAAAUCCACACCAGCUCCUCUGCCAUUUUUGUCCAUGUGGAGUGACUGCAGGAGCGGGGAAGUCCUCAGAUGACUUCAUCCUAAUGCUUAUGGCAGACGCUUCACUUGACGUACUGCAUUUUUUCUUUACCCUUACACUGUUAAACUUCUCUCUCUGUUUCAGUGUCUCUGACUCGAUAGAACCCUGAAGGAUUUUGACAUUCGUCUGGUUUUCUCCUCACAGUGAACCUCAAAAUCUGAAAAGCAGGACACAAUAAAAUAAAUGUUGUUUGAAUUUAAACAGGUUAUAUACAGUUCUGUGCAGGAUCAUAAUGUCUGAGCACCAGAGAUGUGUUAUAGGUCCUGCAGGAGCUAUUUUCUAAGUCUGCCAUCAUCCCUCAUUCUUGUCUGACAGGUUGAAGUCCGUGUCAAGUGAGGACAGAACUGCUGAUUCAUGUUUAUGUAUCCCAGCGUCGACUAAAAUCCUAAUCCUGUUCUACUCAACACCCUCACACACUGUCCCUGGGAUUAACCGGAUAAUAUGACAUCUGUUAAUCCCAUUUCAACUGGUCAUACUUAUAUGAGGGACAGAAGGAGAGGUACUCUUUGUGUGUUUGUGUGUAGUAUAGCUAGGGCUGCACGAUUUUAGCCAAAAAUAAAAUCCUGUUUUUUUUUUCUCUGAAAACUUGAUUUUUUAAUUUAAUUACAAUUCUUUUAUUCAGUGACAACUUCACCAAACUUCACUUUAAUAACAAUUUUUUCUAUCAUCUCUUAAAUGGAAACCACUGAAAACAAUGCAGUGCAUAUGCUGUGUCAGUAUGCCGCACUGUAACGCUGCCAAGGAAAUGCUCAACAGACAGAAGGAGAGUACGGAGCAUGCAAAUAAAAGUUGUUUUGGCCUGACACGCGCAGAUGCCAUAAAAUAGUUUCGCUGUGUGUCACGUAAUCGUUUUGAGAGGUGCAGAUAGGCAUCCACACAGAGAUGAAAUGGUAGUUGUUUCAGGAUUUAUGCACUCUCUGACCCAUUUUUAAAAAGUACGGUAUACAGUCACUUGAAACGCCAUUUCCGUGUGCACGAAAUGCCCAUACGACAAAAAAUUUUGCGCUUACUCCUGAAUUUGUUUUCGUGCGGAUGCUUUAAUACCACCUUCAGACAGACUUUACAGCGGGGAGUGGUUUGCUCUUCAUUCAAAACUGCGAUUCCACACGACUGAGUUGCUCUUGCCCUAUUUAGCCGCAAAACUAUCGCCUUCUUCUGCAAACGCCAUGUUUGUUUACACUGGUAUGUGUCGGAGUGCUCCCGCAGAAAGAGGGAGCCUUUGGUGGCCUGGAGGCACAAGACAUGACAGAGAGGAAAAUUGUUUGAUGAUUUUAAUUUUUUUUAACAUUCUCAUAAUCUAAUAAUCCGAUUACAAUUUAAAAUCGAUUAAUCAUGGAAUCCUAAGUGUAGCUUGUGUGGUCAAGUCUUUGGGUUAGGUUUUUGGACCUUUUAAUUGAGCUUUUUCCAUAAUUAUCAAAAUCCACAAACAAAACCACAAGUUUUACUUGGCAGAAUAAGGAGUUGCAGGUCAAUAAAUUCUUGUAUCUGUAUUUUUUGUUAGCUAAAAGUAACAUUAAUAUAAAAUUUUUUUGGAAUUUCCAUAGUUAUAUUGUGCAUAACCUCUUUCCACACCAAACUAGGUAAAACCAGAGCCCAGGUUCACAAAAACUGUAGUUUCUCUAGUCUGUCCUCCUCUUCAGGAAACAUCACUGUUUAUUUGAAUAAAAGCUAUUAGACCAUGAGCCUUCGUGCAAAAAUAAACUAUGAUGUUUAUUUGAAUACCUGUUAAGAUGAGUCAUUGUAUUUCAGCCCUCCCUCCCACAAAUGGAGAAAGUCUGAGGAGGAAUAAACUGUUUCUUCUUACCUCAGCAGCGCUCAAGAUAAACUAUCUUAAAAUAGAGCUGAGACACCAGAAUGCGCACCUUUUAGUGAGAACUGACCUCAGUUAUACAGGAACAUUGUCAAGCAUGAGACAGAGCAUGCGUUCACCUGUUGAAUGUUUUGUGUGCGCGAUCAGGAUCCAUCUUAUAAUUAUGACAAACUAGCCGGGUCCUCUGUAUCCUGUACUGAGUUAUGACUGUUAUUAUGUCAGCUCCUCUCCCGUGUACCUGUACUUUUCCUGCUGCAGCAUAGCUAUACACCCAGAGCACAGACACACCCACCCACUUUGUGUUCGCUUUGUUAUGACAGCAAAGGCAAAUCUCUGUGUUUUUUGAACCAAGGGUGCAUAUUGUGUGUCAGUGUGUGAGUGUGAUGAAUGAGAAACUCUGCAGCACAUGUGAACAUUUAUACACCACCCAUGCUCUCAAGUCCUCCCCCUCCACCCAGCUUCUCCUCCACUAAGAUCAACUACAGUUUGACUUUUUUUCUGAGCUUUCUCCAUAUUCCUCCAUCACGUUGAAAGGUUCAUGUCCAAAGAGGGAAAAGAGGAGAAAGUGCAGAGAAUGAGGCAUGUUUGUGACUUACAUCUGGUGACUGGAAUAGACAUGGGAAAGAAGCAGCUGGGCUGUGAUAAAUACCAUAAAAUGACCUUGAUGGGUUGACUGCAACUCCUUUCAAACACAAUUUACUUUGCCCUGUGGGUGACUAAUUACUGCCUUAUCUGGAAGUUUCUGCUGGAGCACUUUUAGACUUUGACUCUUGGGAUACUAAACACACCAUAGAAUGACUUGAUUACAAGCAGAGAAGGAAUUUUAUAUCCUUUUGUCCAUGUAAAGUAAAUUUUUAUAGUGAAAAGUUGUGGCAAAAUGACGUUCCUCAUGAGAAUGAAAUAAGCAAUACCAGAGGCUCAGUGUGCUCGACUCUUGCAGGACUAGCUUGAAAUGUUCUGCCAGUCAGUGCAUUUACACUAAGUUAAAACUGGAUUUCAAGUGUUAGUUUGAAUUAACCAGACUUUUAAAAUGACCCUUAUCAAUUCUCUGUGGAUAAAAGGUUGGUCUACACAGGUUUAAUGAGCCAACAAUAAUUUCAUGAUAAGGUUUAUAACUUUAACUGCUCUGCUCAAACAGGGAAAGCCUGGCCUCUGAUUGGGCCUUUCCAGGUUGGUUGGUUGUUUGUAGAUGCAGACGCUGACAAAGAUCGCAGUCUUCCACUGGCACAGUCAGCUAACAACAGAAAUCGAGAUAUAUCACUAGAAUAAAAACAUUAAUCAUCACAGAUCUCCUUCAUUUUUAAGGAACUGGAUCCACAGUGAAUUGCCUGAAAGCUGCCAGCCUAACGAAGCGAGUGGAUUUGACUUUCAGUCCAGUGUCGUCAUACAGAUUUAUUUUUAGAGCUGAUAUUGUUAGUACUGGGUAAGAUUACAGUAUUAAACCAGAUAGCUGAUAGGCGUGCCACUUUGAUCAGGUGUUUCCAUAUUGUUUUUACCAAUGAAACCUCAUCAUUGUGUACCUGUGGAAAAUUGUCUGUUGUGUAGUGUUGGUUAGAAUAACCCUUUAGCCUGUGCAUUAAUUAUUCAAAAUGUGAUCCUAAAAGUCCCACUCCCAGCGUUUUUUUAAGUACUUAAAGUGUUAUCAGUGGUCUUUGAGUUGUGAUUAUGAAGUUUUUAGCCAAAGUCAUGUUACCUGUUUUAUUUUCAAGUGCUUUUCUUCUGCAGAGCUCCAGUAGCUCAUUAGCAAACUGCCUCUGAGUCGUGAGCGGAGACAGCGCUGCUCUGCACACUCCUCUUCACGCUAGCUUGUAGCCUAACAUUGCUUGUGUAGCAGAAGUUGCAGGUAACAGCUCUCGGACACUAAUGUUUUUAGGGACACGGUGAAAGCUAAUAUCAUAAUUAGCUUUCUUUCGAGCAUUGCAAUCCUCUAAUGCACACGCUUGUCCCGCGCUUGUCCUCUCAACUUCCCCGAGUCUGGCCUGUGUUGUGGGGCUCCGGGGUUGGAGCUUGGAUUUGUACCGUAGGAAAUCUCCCUGUAUCUGAACCUGCUGUUUGGGUCUGCCAGAGAUCCACAGUAAUUUGAAUGAAGAAAUACUCAGAAAUGCAAUUUCACACUUAGUUUUUUCAUUAUAUGUCCUGUACCACUAGAAUAAUGCCACAUGAACAUGUAAAAAACAAGAAAAACAUGAUUUUCAUCGGAGUGGGUCUUUAAGAUGUUAAAUGGAUGCAUUUGAAAUCAGGUUUAUUGGUUGCAAGAUAGCUGAAACAAUAUCCAUCUGUGGGGCGGUAAUAGCCCUACUCUAUGGGCUGUUUAUGGAAAGACGGUGUGCGUGUGUUAUGACCUGGGUUAUGGCAGCGUUAAAGCAAACAUCCUUGGUUGUCACAGUAAAGGCUUCCUCUCUCACUCAGUACCUUUUGUUAACCUUUAACCAAAUCUUUCCAUGGAGCCUUGGUAGCUGAGAACAGUACAAGCAGGUGUGGCCUUGGACCUGACAUGGAAGAGCAUACAGGGAGAAAGGAGUGAUAGAGAGGAAGAGUGUGAGAAGGUGGAGGCAGAGUGUUGGGGAUAAAAAAAAAACAGAGAAGGAAGAUGAGGAGACAAAGAGAUGAAGUGUUGUAAGGCUAUGAUUUUCAGGUGAGAGACUGAAAUGUGAAACUUACUGUGGUUCCAACUUUGACUGAACAAGUUCCAGUUCAUGACCUUAAAGAUGCACAACCUUCUUCUUCACCAGUACUCACACCACCAGAAAAAUUAGCAUUAAAGAUUUUAGUAGUGAGGAUAAUAAGAGAUGGAUAUGUUUUAGAGCACUUGGGGAUUUUCAGGCAGAUUUAUUGAAGCUCUCACUGCUGCCAGAGAAGUCACUCCAUUACUGCCGCUCCAAGGACUCUAGUGUCUGUACAUGAGGUGUGCUGUUGAACUGCUGAGCUGAACCUUUGGCCUGGGUUUGGUUUCAACCUGCAGUCCCAUUCCUGCAUGUCACUCCUCCUCAUUUCCCUCAUUUGCUUUAUCUAAUGUCUUAUCCUCUCAGAACAAAUGCAUUAAAAAGCCAUCAAAUAAUUCCUUGUAACAUGUAAUGUUGUUCGUGGCUGAGUAGAUAAAAAAAGAUUGACUUCUUGAUUGAUUUCUAAAUUCCUGAAGAUUUACUUUCCCAGAGAAGCUGCAGCUGAAUUCAAACUAUGAACACAAGGACUGCCAUGCUGCAUAUUUAACCACGAGGAUUUCCCAGUUGUUCCCCUAAUUAAUGUAUUUUUAUCUCUGCUGCAUACCACCUUGGCCAACACAAAUAAUCAAAGCCCCCUGUCUCACAUACCACAGCAGCCCAACCCAGUCCAACUAUGACAAGUGGUCGAAGAGUUGGUGCAUGCGGGAGAGUCUGUGCAAGAGUUGCAGCAACUGUGCAUUGACAUAUGUUCUCGCUGGAAUCCAACAUUUGCACCUUUAGCACUGAAAGAGUCUCCAUAGAGGAGGUUUUACAGAGCACCUGAAUUGAAAUUGCAUUUCUACACCUCAAGGCUAGAAGCAGUCAUGGACAGAGGCGUCAUGUCUUCAAUUUGUUGGUCUUUUUACUCGCAUUCCUUCAGCGAUGAUAUCUCACAAUCACCUCAAGGGAACAUCUCCAAACAUAGAUGUCCUCUCUGAUUCGAGACUAAACUUAUUAAAACAUGGGGUUAAAGGUUUAGUUCAGACUCAGAAAAGUUUUUGUCCAAAUUUGAAGAAUGCGUCCUUAUAGUGGCAUAAUUUCAUGCAGAUAUUUAAUAGGUUUAUGUGAUAGAUUAAUGUCCUUUUUUUUAAUCAAAGAACUGUCAACUCAGGGUCAGAAUAAGUUGCUGUUGACUAAGUUUCCCAUUUACCUGCACACACCUCAGACACAGCUUUGCCCAGAUGAUCCACCACUUCAUUCAUGCAUGAGCGCUUUAAAAAUAAUGAAUCCUCAACAAGCUGAUACAAGAUGUUCUGGUUCUUGUAUGAGCUCUUUCUAAACUCGCCAUGCUGUAGGUCUCUCUGUUACGAUGAUAACCGAGCGAGUGAAUCAAGCUGCCCGUGUAAACCUCUGCUGACUCUGUCAAUCAUUGCUGUGAGAAGAAACUCCACCGAGCAAAGCAGUAGCGAACUACCAAGCAGGACGACGGCCUCUCUUCUUCUGUGGGAAAAGAUGGUGGCUUACUGCAAUGUACCAGAUGGUACGCUGGACUCAUGUCUGAGCUGUUUUGGGUCUGUUUGCAAGUCUGUUGCAUUGUUGCUCUUGAAGAGUUUUUCAAACAUCCUGAAUACACAGCAUCCACCAGGCGAAAGCUGGCCAACGACCAAGAGCAGAACCUAAACCUGACUAAUUAAGUCAUAUUCAAUGAGAAGCAAAAAUGAGUCCUCAAACCCCAGAAAAAAGACCAAGCCCUGGUUUUUCAAAACCUCUGGAUUUCCCCCUUCAUUGUAGACUUAUUUGGCGUUAAAUGUUCAGAGACAAGUGCAACCAUUAAAAGAUCCACUUGGCAUCUCAUGCAAUAAACAUGAUUGUGAUUGAGACCUCAGAGCAGUUGUGUUUAUAUGAUCUGUCUCAGCAGCCCAGCCCUGUAUGAUAAAUCUCCAAAGGAGGAGAUUCCAAUGUUGCAAUGAACUCUGUGUGACCAAAAUGCUGAGUUAUCCUCUUAAGAAGGUCUGUGUUCAGUUACUUUCUCCAGAGACUCUGCAGAGUUCAGCCUGCUCGCACAUAAAUUCUCAUCCCUUUGUCACGUGUGAUGCCAAUGGAUUGCUGAUAUGUCAACAGCACUUUAAUAAGAAACCGAUGGCCUCGGGGGAACCAUCUCUCUGGACUGUAACACUUUUUCUUUCUUUCUUUCUUUUUCCUUCUUCCCUCACUCCCUCUGUCCCCAUGUGCUUCAUUCAGUCUCUGUGUGAAGACAACUGAGCACUUUCAUGACUCUGCUAUAUGUAUGUUUAUGCUAGCAGGUCUUUGAAUCAGCUGUAGACACCUGCUGAGGGAACUGCUGCAGGUCUGCCUGGUUGAAUGAAAAUGUCAAGAAAGAAGAAGAAGAAAGCCACUGAAAUGUAGCUGUACAGAGAAACUGAGACGACAUCUCAGAGGCGCAGAUGGGCCUGAAAAGAGAAAUAAAUAAUGUGGAGAGUAAAGAGUGGAUGUUUGUUCUAGUCAUCUGGUUUUGUUUAGUCUCCUCAGCCCAGCUGUUAUUAACGUCUAAUCAGCAAAGAGGAAGUGCUUGGAGUACACAGGAAACUUAUUGUUGUGCAACUUUGUCAAAGCUGUUAUCACACUAAACAAUAAUUGUGCACUGCAUACAAGUCAAGUAAAUUAAAACAACCACUUCAUUGUGUAAAUAUCCUUCCUUAUUCACUGCGUGGAAACAUAUAAUAUUCAGACAUAACUGGGUGGGCUGUUCACUAAAAGCAGGGUUUGUGUUAACAGAAUUAAUUCAACAGCCAAAAUACAACAACAAAAAAUGUCUCUGACCCUAAGCCGCUUCAGUUCCCUUUGUGGUCAUGAAGUCAGCAAGUGGUGUUGAGAUGCUGAGUACGCCUCCUUGGUGUUGUCAUAAAAAUGGUCCAGUAUUUAAUUGUCCCUGGUGUGGCAGAUGACACACUGAAGGUGGAGGUGGGCAGAGUUGAGGAUUGACAUCUCUGGGUCUGAUGUGCUGCCAUUCUGGAUAGUAAAAAAAGGGUCAUUAUUGGAGAGUGAUGUUAAUGUACUGAAACUGCAGCCACACAGACGAACCUGCCUGCAGUGUCUGUAGUGUUAUUUAUUCAUUUUUUUAUCAGCCUCGAGAGAGACAAUGUUUUUUUUUUUUUCCCUUGAAGAAAUGAGAAAACGUGGGAUCCUCUUUCCCUCAGGGUUUACACACCAUGCCAACCUGUGCUGCUGACAGCUCAGUGAAAUAUUAACUUUCUGAGGACCUGAGUGCUGUCAGGCUGCAGUAGGAAAACAUUUUGCUAUUGAUUCUAAGGAUGUUACACUAACAGUAUCAGAUCUCUAGAUGUACUAAUACUGUGAUCAGUUAAAAUCAAUGGUACUAUAUUUAACCUGACCAUUCAAAAAGGCAAAUGAAGAAGAUCUGUGUAAAAAAAAAAGUCAUAUCUGUAGCUCUGAGUAGCUAAUGAAUUUCACCAUCCAUGCUGAGUGAGAUAACUUCUGCCUGUUGGAGACUCAAUGUAACUUUGUGUCUUUGUAGAGCGCUCCUCUUCAUUUUUAAUUCAAGUGUGGCUGUAAUGGGAAUGUAUACUCGGGCUCCAGAGUGUUUACUAACCCUCUGAAUCUUUCUUUGUCGACCACAGAAAAUGUCAGUAGGUCUUUGGCUUUAGUCUUACAUCCUGUGAUCUCUUGAGCUCCUGCACUGUUAUGGUAAAAUGCUUCCUUUAGACCUCUUUGACUUGGCUGAAUUUCUUUCCUCCUGGAAUCUUUUCAGGUUAAAAGUUUGCCAAGUAGCUUUUCAUCUUACCCAUAUUUCCUGACGUGGAGUCGACUGUAAACGAAGGUUAUAAAGGUGCAUUCUUGAAGGGUUGUCUGCAGACUUUUUGGGAUGAAGGUGAUUAUGUGCUGGAUAAAUCUGUGAAAUUUGCCCUGGUUGUUUUGCCCAUCUCUGAGAAGGGUUUUUGAUAAUGCAGUUUGUUGUGACAUUUCUAUUACGUGCUCAACCAAUCAGCUGAUUGACUUGGGAGUUCUCAGUAAGUUGUGACUACAACAUACAAUAGAAGGAGUGUCAGGCCAAACAUCAGCUGGUAAAAGCUUCAGCAGUAAUCACUCUUGUUUUGAUAAACUUGUACCAUUCCCUCAGUCCAUUGUGCUGGUGUGUUUAAUGGGCUGACCAUCAUUGUUUUAACCUACAGCUAAAGUUCCUCUCAUUUAAGGCCUGCUGGGAGUAAACAAAACCAAGAGGCCCUCGAUUCAUUAGGGAGAAAAAACAAGUUAACUAUGAAACAGAGUAAGAGGUAUGCAGCAAGGAGAUAAAGUGAAAAAGAUAGAGACAGAAAAAGACAAGGGAUAAAGAUAGAAAGUACAGAAAAGGAGGGAGUGAGGGAGGAGGAGCAGCAGAGGUGUUUUGUAGGUAGGCAGUGUGGGAAUUGGGGGGUUGGUGUGUUUGAAUGUUCCUGAUGUUUUGAGUUCUUUCUCAGCAAGUCACCACCUGCCCUGUAGACUGUGAGGACCUGCCAACUGUGGGAGACAGGAGUGUGUGAGUGUGUGUGCUUUCACCUUCGUGUUUCUAACAGGCCAACUCAUAAUCAGUUGUUCUAUUAUUGUAGUUCACACAAAAACAGUCCUGAUGGGUUUUUGUGCAACCUGUUUUCAAGAGUUUGCAUUUGCAGCUGCCCAAAAUGAUAUUUUUGUACAAAGAAAUGGCCCAAACUGUGUAAAAUAGAUUGAAAUGCACCAAUACCUCACUGUUUUCCCUCAUUCUGCAAUCUAGCACUGUUAUAAUAACACAGUUUAAGCUAUUUUCACCAAACAGACCAGUUUGGUUCAAGAGGGUUUGGUAUAGUUUACCCUGAUCUUGCUCGUGUUUCCACAACAAACCAUACCCAACCUUGGCUCAUCUCAUAGGGAGCAUGUUGACGGAUUCGAUUUUUGGCAAUCAUGUUAACAAACUAGACCUCUCAGACCACCUGUGUGAGUAAAAAUACACAAAAAAACAGAUUUAAAAAUACACGGAUUGCACUUCUGAAAUUCUUUUCAAAGCAAAAGCCCAAUCCUUUUUCCUGCAAAGAGACUUUACUUGUUAUUGCACAAAUGCUUUUAUUCUGAAAAUGUUUCCAGGACAGAAGAGGGACAGAAAGAAGACAAGCAGGGACAGGCAGAAAUGACAAAGAGAGACAGAGACAAAAAUAGAGAAGGGAACAGAGGAGUUUAUUUGUCUCCUGGGAACCCCCUUGUGCAAAUAAAGGGGCUGGACCUCAGUUAGCUGACACACUGCUAGUUAUGUCAGAGCACACACACACACACACACACACACACAUACACAUACACACACACACACACACACACACUCAUUCAUAUCUUAAUUCCUCCUUCCUUUGACACUUUCACCAUCUGUCACCAGCUUCCUGCCUCUCCAUCUCUUUCUUCAUACUUCUACAUCACUAAACUUCUCUCUCUCUCUCUCUCACUCUCUCUCUCUUCUCGUGUCUUUUCCGACUCUCGUUUGCCGCCUACAUGUCUUGCAUUCUUUUGUUCUGACAUCAUCACCACUCUUCCUCUGCCAUUUAUUUUUCUUGUCCAUUUUGGUUGAGUAACUCUCUCGCCCUAUUUGGACUCCAUCCUAAUGUUAACAUUUUAAAUACCAGCCAUCCAGAUAGUGGGACUUUUUGAGGCUGAAGUAGGACUUAAGUUGACUCUUGAAUAUCUUGAACCAAUAAUGUGUGGUGUUUUCCUUAAAAGGGAAUAAUUUAAAUAAUGUGCAAUCACAACAAGUCUGACAAUUAUCCAUCAGUGCUUCUUAGCAAAAUUUAUAGAAGUGUGGGGUAAGAGCUUCACAAAUCAGUUUUCUAUACCUGAGGUGCAUGUACUCAGCUUAUUCCUGUAAGAAUCCUAAAAUGCUCAUGGUUUAAAAGUUUUUUGAUGCUGGAAUGAAAGUCUGGUCAGUGUCAGGAUUUUGUUUGGGUGAGUGUGUUUUGGUUGGUGGGGUAAGCAUGUAGAUUUACCGCAGCUUUAAACAGGCAUUUAAGGGUUUAGCGAGGCACUUUAAGGCACUUAGUAUUUUCUUUAUCCUUUGAUUUGCAGCCAGCAGGUCAGGGUUUGAGCCAUCUCUGGCUUUUCUCUCUCUGAUUGCACUGAUGGGUGUACUACACAGUAAACACAGGCCAAAAGGUCGUGCAGUAUUUAUUAUGUAGUCGUUGUGAUGACUUGUAUCGGUGCCGCUUUCAAGACUGACUUUGUUUUAGUGCAGGAGCCUGCAGAGUAGCAGGAAGAAAGUCUGUCCUGCUCCUGGAAAGUAACAAUACACAAAGAAAGAGACAAGGAAGAGAAAGUGGAGCUGUCCUGUGGGUGAUCAGUGAGGGAUAUAAAAGCUGACGAGGUUGGAAGUACGUUAUGAGGGGCAUGCCUGACGCAAAGUUUUGAAAUUUUAAGCCAAAUCCUGAUGGUCCUCUGUCACUUAAUUCAGCUCAACUCUUCAUAAAACGCCAGCAUCAUUCUCUGUGAUCAGCUUGUGUAGCCAUUGUUUUUGAAUAUUUUGUAAGACCAUGUUAGUCCGCCUGUGAUGUAAGUAAAAGGCUUGGUGGCAGCUCAGCUUGCUGUCCCCAAAGCCCAGCCAUGUAAACAUCUUGUAAAAACAUUUAUUUUGAGACCCCUAGAUUAAAUCUUUUAAUGACCUGGUACCUUUGACUUGUGGAGGACUCAUAAACAAGUGAAAAGCAGCUCGGUUUGCAGCCCCUCUUUGAUUGGCUAUGUCUGAGGAAGAGUGUUGAAGGAUUAGAUUUUAACAUGAGGACCUCGGACAAAAACUUUAAAGCAUACCUAGCACCAACAAAUAAGAUUGUGGCAGCUCAGCUGGCAGUUCCCCCUGACAUCCUAUGUUGCUCAGAAAGCAACAGAAACCAGAUUCUUGACAUGAAACUGCUUUGUUCACUUUUUAAACUGGUUGGUAUUGAUGGGUCUGUUUGUUUUUAACAGAAAACAACUUCUGCGAAUGUUUAAACAUCCAGGAAGAUCCACUAAAGGGGAAUUAUUUCACAGCUUUCACUUUGGCAUGACUCUCAGUACCCUUUUGAAAAAGUUCAAAGAACUGACCAACAAACCGCAUGUCAAGAAGAGGUGUUAUCUAGUUUACAUUCUUGAUUUUUAGGAGAUCAAUUUGCUUCACAAGUAGCUUUAAAUCCAAAACCACUUCUUAUUUCAUGUCUUUUUGUUAAUGCUUCUUUUAUUAAGUAUUGCAGAUGAAUUUGAAUCUUUGUAUAGAAUCCUCCAAAGCCAGUGAUUCACCAGGGACCUGGUGAUGGAUUAUUUGAAAAUCUGUCAUCAAAUAAUUGUUAAGUAAACCAAAAAGACCGAAAUUCCCCUAAAUGUGGUGUUCUCAUUUGAACAUAACAUAUAGAGUGUCUUAUGUUCCAGGAGCAGACAUAUUUCUUUUGGGUGAGAGCCAGCUAUAGUGUAAUUCUGCCCAAUGGGACUGAAGCUUUGAGUGAUCUGUAAAAUCAAUCUUAAGGAUAAUGUAAUGGAGACGGGUGGAGCUCUGAUACUGGCUGUACUUCACUGUUCAUAUUCUUCCAGAGGACGUUAUUGUAAAGGCUGUUUUUCAGUCACUGAAUCAAGUGGAUCACAAUAUAAACAUAACCUCAGAGUGGACUUACAGACCUGCUCACAUAUUUUACUAUCUCCUACUUUUCCAUCAUCGGUCCAUCCCAGGAUAAUCUCUUCGGCGUCAGCGGAUUCUUGUUUCGUGGUGCUAUGAGGCAACAAGGCCCGGUCCCACGCUGUGUAAGUGAUGUCAUAGUCUGGUUUGUUUCAGCAUCCUUAGAGCCUGGGAUUGAUCAGUCUGAUGAAACUUUUGCAGCACAGACUGAAAACAAACCGGUGCAAUCAAGAGUAAGCUAGUAAUGAUGCAACAGUGUAGUGCUGAUGGAUUAGUCUGCAGAGUUUUCUGGACAUUUGACAAUUUGACCUUAACAAUUAAGAAGUACUGUAUUACAGUAAUGAAAAUGAGGCUCUAGAUGUGUUUGCUAAAACCAAAAAGGAGUCAAAAAAGACAUUGUCUGCAGUAAAAUAGAUUUGGCCUUGCAUUUUCAAUACACACAAAACAGGGAGCAUGUUAAACCAUUGUUUUAUUGUUGUACAAGUGGUCAAAAACUCCACAAGGCCAUGCAUAAAUAAGUAGAUGGUUUAUUCAGUUCCUCUUUAGAGAUUGCUUCUCGCACAUGUCGGGGGAGUGAAACUCCCUCAGGCCACGUCUGCUGUGACUGAAUUCAUCCAACCACUAGAGGAGAUAUUUGAUCAUCUGAUGACAUUGAUAUAGAGAGUGUGAUGUGGACUAGUCAUGUUAUGACUGAUAGUCAACUUAAUGAGGUCAGUUUUCUGCCAGAAAUUGAUCUAUUAUACGGAUCAGAGCAUCCCUAAUGUUAUCUGAAACACCAGGCUGUCCACUUCACAAAGUAAACAGUAUCAUGGCCUUAUUAUCCCCUUUUUGAUUAUUUAAUAAAGUCACACCUUUGCUGUUUUUGUACUAUUAGGCUGGUGGUGGUAUCUGGGGAAUUAAAGGAGCAUUUCAGCAUGUUUUUCAGCCUAGCGUGUGUGACCAUGCAAGGUCAUAACCAGAGCAAGAUUUGCACAUGAUGAGAUGGGGAAACCCUGAGUCCUCACAGGAUGACUGUGGGCAGGUUUUUCUCAUGACAUCAGCUUUGAUGCAAUAUUUGGUUGAAAUAAGUCAUCAGUGUUUGUACAGACUUUGACCUGAUUAAGUCACUCAUGAUCACGAUUGUGUGGUAGGGAUCAAGUGACACAUUGUGGCCAAAGGCAGCUUUUUAUUUUUGGGGCUUUUGUCGUUUUUUGAGAGGACCGCUUGAGAGAGAGAGGGAGACAGGAAAUGUGGGGAGAGAGAGAGGGAGGAUGACAAGCAACAGACCAUGGAUCAUGAAUCAGUCAUGCAACUAGUGGGACAAGGACUGUAGCCUUCAAAACAAAGCACUUAGGCCUAGACUGCCCAGCCAGUGGUGUCCAGGGCAGCCCGACACUUGCACUAGCAGUUGUUCUCGAUAUCCUCUGUUGGACGUUUUGUAAGCACGAGCAAACUAAAGAGAGAGGACAAGAGACACAUCUUUAUUGAAAAACUUUUGUCGUAUUCUUAAGGAUAUUUAACCGAGUUGCAGGCGUAGUGCAUAAAAUCUACAUUUUAGGCAUUAGCAGAGCAAAGUUAAAGGGAUAAGAAACCAAACACAACUCACCCACUGUCCUCCAGCAGCUGCUUUUUGUGGGGGAGCCCUGACGAGUUGAUCACAGAGUGCAGUGGAUCAUUUCCAUGAUGUUAUAAUCAUUACAAAAAUUAUUUUGCACUGCAAAUGUGGUAGUUCUUCUCGGUCUGAUCACAUUUCCAUGAAGUGAUAAUCCUAAAUGUUCAUCCUUUAGCUGCGAAACUCCGCUGCACUCUGUGAUUGACUCAUCAGGGCUCCCUCACAAACAAGCGGCUGCUGGAGGAGAGUGGGUUAGUUGUGUUUAGUCUCUUUGCUAAAGAAACCAGGCAAAGCCAAAAAGAUGUUUAGUGACUAGUACUGUGGCUGGGACCCUAUAUGUACUGUUGAUGAAGUUAGGUGCUGUUCUGAGCAUUAUUUGUGGCCAUAGAGUGGCUUUUUGGUUGAGGUUUGCGCAUGGAGAUGUAGACCGCUGUGUAUUGCUAUCAUGCGGUUUUUGCUGAAAAUGGUAUAGCUAAAGAAGCAAGCAGUCGGCAACAUUCAUCCCUUAAGGGGUGUCUAAUGUGGUGUUACGGUGGUUGACCAUAACUUAAAUUUACGCUGGAAUAUCCCUUGAAGUACAAACAGGGACCUUUUUAUUGCAUGAGCAAAGGUUUGGGGUUUUUGAGAAAAUGCACAAUGAAUCUUGGCAUCAAAAUAAAACUCCACAUUUUAAAAUAAAGAAUAGAAUCAACUCCUUUCUGCUGUCAAAAGUUGCAGGCAUAUAAAGCCAGUUUUUCUGAAGCAUCUUUAGGUAAAGUCAUUUUAAUGCAGCACAGCAGAGCAGUUAAAUGUGGUAAUAUGGUGUAAUAAAUGUGGUAUUCUUCUGCGGUAUGAUGUUACUCAACAACACGUUCCCAAGCCUUGUUUCCGGAUCAUAUGGGCAAUGGAAUGAGAGUGGAAAAUUUCUAAAUAUAUCCGAGAUAACUCUGAACAAACUGCUGCAGAGGAAGUGAGAGAGGAAAGAAAUAUUUAGGGGAGGGGAACAGAGGAGAGAGAGAGAAGGAGAGUGAGGGAGCAGGAGGGGAAAGUCAAGUUCCCAUUUUCGGAUUUCCCACGGAGUCGAGGCCACAUGUAUUUCCCUUAGUGGUCAGUGGGAUUCAAGCAUUUUUUUCUCCCCUCAAUGUAAACAACCAAAUGUUUGAUUUUCUUUCCCUUUAGUGGUGAGUGAGAGCGAUGGAGAGGCACAUUGACACAGACUGAGCUUUAAGGGGAAGGAAGGAGAGCUAAUCAAACAUUUUUUGGUUUCGUUAAAGACCUACCACACGCAUACUUUGGUGGAGAGUUUGGUAAACUGUACAAUCAUUAACUCAUCUCAAACCUGGACUGUACAACCACGGUCCUCCUUAAGUAAAUAAAAUAAACUCAAAGGCCAGAAGGUUGAAAGUGACAUCAAAAAGCUCCUCCGCCUGCCAAGUGGUAGAUAAAAGAACAGUGAAAGUAUUGUUUCCAUGGCUUUAUGCCCUUUAUAAUGGCCUUUAUUUCUGAUCAUUUAUUACCAUAGCGCUGUAAAGAUAGUCUGAAUAUGUUGUAAAGUUACCUCAGCUUGUGUGUGUAGGCAGAGGGACUGAUGUCCUGUAUGUGGGAGGAGAAGACAGAUUCUCUAUCUUAUCCCAGCAGAUAAAAAUGUACUGCAGUUGUUGUUUUUUUUGUUUGUGGAGUCAUCCUCAUCUUAAGAGUUUUUUUUUUAAAUCUAAAGAUGACAGAUGAAAUCUGGUGUUCUUGAUCCUGGGAGCUGUGAAAUUUGCUGCUAUGGCUGCUAUGCAUCUCCCUUGCCAAAAUGCACCCCAUCAAAAUAUGUCCACAAACUAUGCACUCACUGGAACAAUACAUGAAUCUUGCAGGAAAUGGGAAUUGCUGGUCUACUCCUGCAGAAGUCAAAAAAUGUGUUCUUGAAUUUUGCAUGCAUGAAAGGGCUGCCCAGUUAUGGGGAGUUUGUACAUCUGUUGUACAGCAUGCAACUUACAGAUGCACAACAGGCGUGCAGAACCAUUAAGUCUUGAUUAUCACAUUUUUAGGAUCAUGAGUAGACAUAAUUGUAAUUAAAACUGGAAUCUGACCAUGUAAAAACAAGACUGUGGUUUUAAGAAAGAGCAGAAAAAACCCUUUGACCUAGGAUGAAAGUAAAGCAGAGGAAGUGGGGCAAGAAAAGAGGAUAAGAAAGGGUUAAAGUCCAACAGCUGACAGAGAUACUAGGGGUCAGAUCCAGCCCCUCCUACCUCCAACACUGCAGAGAUAUGCUGCCUCAGCAUGAGCCUGCAGAAACACACACACAUACACACACACUCACCUCAACAGUCUGCACACUCACCAAGAGUCAGGUUCUGCAUGAGACACGAGCACGUAUUAAAAAAAACAAACACAUCUAGUUGAACAACUCAUUUUUCUUUGUAUGUUUGCUUGUCUGCAGCUGUCUGACUGGCGAACUCUAACACAGUGGUGAGAGAGGCGAACACACACACAAACAGACAGAGAGAGAGAGAGAGAGAGAGCGUCUGGAAAACAUUACUCAGAUUCCUGCAGCAGGGGCUCUGAUUAUACUGGCACUGUUAAGAGAGAGAGAAAGAGAGUGAGGGGGUUGGGGGUAAAGGAUUGAAGGAGGUAUACAAAGUUCAAUCUCUGACACCUCAGAGCUGAGGACAGAGUAAGCGCCUCUCUGAGUGUGCAGGCAGAUCGAGAUGGAGUUAUUUUGAGACAUUUCAAUGUCUGCCUCAGCAAAAACCUCAUGGCUGCUCAUUGAGUUACACUUGGACCAAAGUGGCCAGUAGAGGGCAGCAUGGAGGAGAGAGAGAGAGGGAGAAAGAGUGCUGCUGUUUCUCCAAGGUGUGUUCUCCUUCAUUUGUCCCUGUAGUGCUCAUUGAUAAGAGACAAAGGAUCCGUCUGUGAAUGAAUUACAGAGAACUUUUACUCGGUUUAUUGUGUUAUGAAGUAAAGCUGAUUUCAUCUUUACUCAUUGUACAUAGAGGAGCUUUUCUGUUAACUGGAAGACUCUGAGCACCUUUCUGUCUAAGAGGAGGAGCAACAAAGCAUACAGAAAAAAUCAUGAAUAGCAGAACGAGUACAGUGACCUUGAGGUAGACUUUGCCUCAGCUAUGAGCCAGGGUCUGACCUUUUUCAUAAUAUAAACCAUACUGGAAACUCAGAUUGUUUCCCCUUCAGGCUGUAGAUGUCAGAUAGAUUUAGAGAUGCAGAAUUAUACCAGGGAAGUGAGCACCACUUCUCAGGAUUCAUGGGACUUUUUUCCCGGAUUAGCAGGAGGCAGCGGGUCAUCCUAAUGAGGUGAUAAAAUCAGGCUUUCCUGCUGCUGCGCUGCUCUUUGAAGCUGCACUUUGUGGCCUCCUCAACAAAAACCUACAAGAGUGAGCUUUGCUUUAUUCGACAUUGAGAACCCACAAGGUCUCAGGAGUGUCGCCAUCAUUCAGUUUUACUUCUGUCCAUUAACUUUAUCUCCCUUGUUUCUUUUUCAAGCUGAAAACCUGCCAACAUAGACACUGAUAAAUAAAACGUAAUAGUGUAUAUUAGGGGUGUCCCAAUACGAUAUUGAUAUCUGAUAUCGGUCGGAUAUCAGCAAAAAAAAAAAAAUAUAUAUAUAUAUAUUGUAUUAUAUCAGCCUGUAUGUAAAAUCUCUGAUAUCAGCAUUCCGAUACAAGCAGUCCAUUCCAGACUUCACUCCAGCACCUCUAUCUAGCAGCGCCUGGAUCCAGCAUACAGAGCCCCCAAAAUCACAACAACAGUGUGUACUAAGGCACUAACAAAGUAGCAAGGAGUAACAGUGAUGUUGGCCCUGUGGCAGUAUGUUUUGUUAAAGUCUGAAAAAGACAUUGCAGCUGAUUGCAGAACUUGUCAUGCAAAAUUUUGUGCCAAUAUAGGAUCGGUAUCGGUCAAUAUUGAAGGGUACAAUAUUGGUAUUGUAUCGAAGUCAAAAUGUUGUAUCAGGACACCCGAGUAUAAAUAAAGACAAACACAUCAAGGAAGCUAUCUCAGCUUCGCGUAAAGACUUGGGAUAAUGUCUUGAUGUGUUUCAAACCAAGAGAAAGCAAAGUUAUUAGAAUCUCUAUAAAUCAGCAUCAUUGGCAUCCUUUUUGGCUAGGUAUGCAUCCGUGGCAACCCCAGGUAACCCCUAGUUCUCCAUGGCAACAGCUGUGAAGAACUAUCAAGAAACAGCAGACCGUUAUUGUAAAAUUUGCAGUUUAAUGGCUUAUCAGAUUUCAGUGGUUAUAACAGUCUCAGCAGGGCAGGUGAGCAUUGCUGGAAAGUUAGCUAGUUUUGUUUACAACAUCAUACGUGUGUGUUGAAGCAUAGAUCAGCAUAGUGGGUCUCCUAAAGUCUGAUCACCCCGACAAAAAGCUGAAGUAAGCAGACUGUCAGGUGUUUUCUGGGAAUAUCACCAUCAUGCUUCAGACUCAUUAAUGCGUGUGUCUCAGUCGGGCUGCUGCUUUGGUGGAAAUUUGUCUUCCUCUUUGUUCUCAGCCACAGCACGCCCACUGCCUGUUAGAUGUCAGUUGUUAUUAGUGUUAACAAGCAGAUGCAUUAGACGGCUGAGGCCUUUGAUCUGCAGUGAGUGUGUGUGUGAGCGUGUGUGUGUGUGUGUCUGGUCUGGAGUAAUUACACUCCCUGUAAUGAUAUUGGACUAAUGAUGGUGAUUCCUUGUGCAUGCAAGCGUGUGUUAUUGUAUAUAUGUAUGUUAGGACUCGUAUGUGUAUGUGUGUGUGAGCUGGAUGCAGCCAUAAAUCUAUGACAGUGGAUGUCUUGGCUGCCUGUCUGGUUUCUGCCUCAGCUUGUAAAUCCAGAAGUUAGGAGAGGAGGAGGAAAGGAAAGGAAUGAAGAAAGGAAGAGGAAACUCUUCCAGCAUGAUCUAAUGAUUAUUUAUUGGCAAUUAUGACUCAAGAGUUUCUCCUUUCACACAUGCAUGCUUCAAUACACUCAUCCACACACACUUUUGACCACUUUGGCAUCAGGACAGACUUUUCCCUCUCAUCCUUUUUUCUCUCCAGGGGUUUGUUUUGGCCAGAUGUGACUGUGUGUGCAGAUGACAGGAGAUUAUUUUAGCUCUCUUAAACCCUCAGUCCUCUUUUUUUUCUCUUGAGUGCAGAGAGGGCAGAAAAUUAAAGGAACUAUGGUUAGUUAUUUAACAUAAGUGCCUCUUGGAUUAAGAAGAGGGCGACAGGGAAAGGCAAACACAGAGAGAAAGGGAAAAAAGGAGGAGGAGGGGGUUAUGUGUCACCUAACACAGGGACUGUUUCCUCUGUAAGGAGGGAGGAGAGAAGUGGGCAAACGAGUGGCGAGCAGGAGACAGAGCGAGGUGUGUGUUGAGCGUGUGCGAGCAGUAAGAGGAGAAGCCAUGGCAGCUGGGUCUCAGGAUUGAGGGGCGAGCUUCUAAAAACAAACCCCAGGCUAAAUAGUGGAGGGACGCAGUGCUGGAGGCCACAUUCUUAUAGCUGGACUAAAACGGUGCCGCUGGAGCAGAGAGAAACCCAGACCGGAUCACUCGAGAGCAGGAAGGAGCCAUGAAGUACAGACCUUUGGUAAGAAAUCAAACCCAAGUCACUUAGAAAUAAGGGAAUCAGGACUUUUUAGGGCUGAAGUUUGAAGCUGCAUGUGGGACGAGAUUUCUUAUUGUUGGAGAGAUGGAGGUGAUCUGAGUUGAAGGAUCUGCUUUAUUGUGCAAAAGCCUCAGCAGUGUGCUCUUGACUUUCAAGGACACACAGGUGAGGGACAAACAGGUGAACACGCAGUUUUUUCUGGACUUGAGACGUCUUUCUCAUCAGGAAAACUUUGUUUACGCCCUCCUUCACCGUCAUCCUCCAGCAUCCUCUUCACCGUCUCUCUGUAUUUGUCACUUUGAUCAUGAAUUUGAAUCUGUUGGAUAUCUGAGAAGGUGUGUCCUCAACUUCACUCAGUGUGUGUGUGUGUGUAUGUGUGUGUGUGUGUGUGUGUUUUGCACCAUCUCAGGGCGAGGCAGUGGCACAGUGGUGUUGUGUGGCUCGGCAGCAUUCUUUGGCAGUCAGUCGGAGUGAAAGUCAGUGUGUCAAUGAAUAAGUCUGUUAAUGUAUCAGAUUAAAUCCGACUUUAAGCCUCCAGACACCAAACUCCACCACAGCCUCUUAGCUCUGUAACAGAAACUUUUUGAAGAAAGUAGGAUCAAAUUAUAUUUGGGGAAAAUAGUUGUUGUAAAAUCCACUCGCUCUGUGAGACCGACAGCUUUCAGAAUGUCACCAGCAUCGACUGUAUAUACCAUGGACAACUUUGUUCCGCCUUCUGCCAGUAUAUGGAUUUGAAGCCAAAAAAGCUCUCUGUAAUUCCGCGUUUUUUUCUCCACUUCAGUAGCAGUAGCGUUGUACGCACUCCACCACUUGCACAGUAGCAUUGUAUGCAUUCGGCAGGAGAGUCGCUAUGAGUCGCUAUGAUGACGUUUGUCUCAAACAGUGUAUCCCCUGGCUGAGCUAUGCAAUCUUCGUACGCCCAUAGGCUGUAUUAAGUGUCAAUCAUAGAAAACAUGAACCCCCUAAUAACUUUUAAAAACGGAGCUGCACAGAAAAAAAAUAAGACUUGAGCACAAACCAGUCUAACAGUUACUACAUGUCAACAUCACAAGCAGGGGGAAAAAAAAUUGAUUCCGUGUUUAAACUUUUUAAGUUUGACAGCCCCGUAAGGAUGGCUGACGGAGUCGGGGUUUAUGACCUAUACUGCAGCCCGUCACCAGGGUGUGCUGUUCUCAGAGUGGCUUCACCCAGCGAGGAGGCAGACGACGUCCAUUCUAUAUACACUCUAUGGUCACCCCCUACUGCAGUGAUAGCAGACAUGCUUCUGUCCAUGAUUUGAUUCUUGCCCAGUGCUUGUAAACUGGGAUGAGAACAGUCCAGUUAAAGUGCCUAAUUGAGUUAUGACUGCAUCUCGACUUAACUGUGUAUGUAACUGCAACAUAUUUUGCAACAUGUUUUUCACAAGACUGUCAGGAUCUGUGUCUGUGAUGAUUUUUACAUAAACUUCAGUGAUAGUGUUGUUUCCAAUGUUAGUUGACUAUGCAAAUUAGGAGUUGCUGUCUUUUCUUGGUCUUUUAACAGAGGCUUUUUUAUCUGCGUUCAGCUGACCAGCAAAAAGUUCAGUGAGAAGCCUGAGACAGACGUGUCAGUGUUCUCACAUCAUAGAUAUACAAGGAUAGAAUAGUUUUGAUUGGAGUCCUCCCUUCCAGCUUGUUCUAGUUUCAGUAGAUCUGUGCUAUUUCUAUGUACCAAUAUUUGGGUGUUUUCAUUUAAACUUUAAAAAAUGCACUCAAGUGUGAAAAUUCCAUUUUAAGACAUUUAGUGUUUUUAAAAAAAGAUGUACAAUCUUAAAAAUAAGUUUAAUUCCUUUAGUGCUACGGUGUGACCAGUAGGGUCACAUCUUUCCAAAUCUCUCACAAUCGAACAUGAUAUUAGUGUAAACAAACAUGGUUGUCAAGCUAAACAUUGCCAGCUGAGUAGCUUCUUGGUAAAUCCAUGGCAGGGCCAGUUUCUGUUCAAGACCUCUCCUCGUCAGUUUGAUUGUGAUAUAUUUGACAGGAAAAUCCGAAUUGUCGCCACAAAUCAUCAAGUUCUGUUGUUCAUCAGCAAUACUUUUCAUGUUUCCAACGGUUGUCAGCUGCUUUUGUUUAUUUGCUUUGUCAGUAAUCUUGCUCCCUGACAGGCUCUUGUUAAAUAUCAUACAGAGCUUAUUUUGACAAGAAAUGUUAAUAAGUUUUAGUUUUCUGUCAUUUUCAGAAAAUUGUGGUUGAUUGUAGUCAUGCUGAUUUUAGUCAUACUGUGGUCUUUGUGUCAAUCUUGUGUCAUUUUACUCCUAAAUCAGUCAAAACUCUCUCACAGUUCUCUGAUAGUUUUUGGAGGAAGAUAAUUCUCCCUGUUAUAAAUAUGUUUUACAUCGAACUGUUGUUUUUGUCACUGUAGAUGUUUGACCCGACUGGUGAAACACUGAAACUUGCUCCUCAGCAGAACUCCCGCACUCACUCCUCAUUUACCCCCACAUUCUGGCACAUGCAGCCAUAUGGAUCUGAUCAGUUUUUAUGAGCCCCCACUCCUGCAGCAGUGUGUGUGUAUGUGUGCGUUUGUGUGUGUGUAAGGUGAAAGACUGACAGACUUGUUAGGAGAGUACAAUGCACUGGGAGAUUCCUGACACAGUUGUCAUUGCUGCCUGCAGGGCGUCUGUCUCGAGUGCAGUAGGUAGUUUAUGUAGGACUCGCCUCACUUUCUUCAAGCUCGUGAUUUUCGACGCUGCAUUAAAUCUCACUUAUGAUGCAGUUUGGCAGGUAAAAAGCACUUGAGCAGCUUUAUGAGCUGGAUUUUUCUAUCUGGAAUAUGAUCCUGAUGACUUGAAACCCUCAAAGCUGUUUCCUCAUGGAGUAUCGGUGGGGUCGGGUGAGUGAAAGUUGCUAAAUUCUUCUGUUUGACUGGUUUACUCCUAACUGUUUCCUUCAAAUGAGUGAUUUGUGAUUUUGAGGUUGUAGGUUAAAGGUAGUCAAAAUCAGGAAAUAGAGGACUCAUCCUGUGCGAGUGCAAUUUCAGCUUUAGAAGUCCUGCUGUUCAAACUUCUGAAUGAAACUGUGGUGAAUCUCAGCUACCCAUCGAGUAUAGAGAUUGAAAUCUGUCUCUCCUAUCGAGUUAAUAUUUAUCUCUAUCACUGUUCACACUGUAGCGCAUGAAUCAAUAUGAAUCCACUGCAAAAUUGGCUCGUUUUUGGACAUUAGCUGAUUAAGUCUGACUGUUGGCCGCAUAACUUUUAUUUUCACAUGCAUGCUAACAUCAGACCACCUGAACUUAAUUCUGCAAGCUGCAAGUGGAUCUCUGCCAAAGUAUACAGACAAAUGUUAAGCGAAGGGCUGUAUUUGCUUUAAAUCAGCUAUUCAUAUGUCACAUGCAUGACAAUAAGGCCCAUCUGGGAAACUUUUCAGAGCAAAAAUCUGAUCUGUUUUUAUGUGCAGGGACUCCCCUUGUUUCUUGAAGUGCUUUUAUUUUGAAGUAUUGUCUAGGAGGUAGAAGAAGCAACUUGCACAACUCUCUGUUUGAUCCCACAGUGAAAUUCAAUUGUAAAAAAAAGUAAUGAAUCAUGUUGGCUAAAGGUAAGUUUUGUAAAUGAUUGAAAACCAGGUUACAGGAAAUAUUUCUCCUUUUUUAAUCUCCACCGCUCUUUACAUCUAUCUUUGAGCCCCCCUCACUGCUCAGUUGGUGUCCGUGUGUAAAUUAAGAACCCAGUUUUAAACAAGAGAGUUUUCUAAUUAAUAAUAAUAAGCCCCCAGCUACCAUGUACUAUCUUAAAACAUCUCUUUAUUUUUCAUCCAAAAUCAUGAAUACAGGGGCUGUGCCAUGUUAAGGUUCAGACUCAGAGACAUCAUACAGGGAGCAGGUAGGGGUCUGGUAGUGUUUUGAUGGUGUUUGCUGGAGCUCUGACUGAUAGAGGUGACAUAGAGGCAGUCAUGUGGUUGAAUCUUUCUGCCUGCUUGGAUACUUGGACCUGGAACUGAGAUGCACUUUGAUAUAGGCAUUUUAUCUGCAGGUGUGAACGUGUGAUGAAUCAUGUUACAGAGAAUUAUCGUGUAAAAUCUGGUUGCAACAUGAACCUUUGAUCCGCGUCUGCAAAUACAUACAAAAAAAAAAUAUAUUCAUUCAUGAAUGUCAUCUCAACACUUAGUUCCAUGAAAAAAGGGGACCUUGUUAAUAUAAUGUUCUCUUGCAAAAAAAAUCAGACCUUUACCAUGUGUUUAAUGUGAAUGUGUAUGAUUUUAUAAAGAUGAAAUUGUGAUGUCUUGUGCAGCUUUAAGUCAGGAAGUUGCUCAGUUGCUUCCUGCCCCUCCCAGAUCAAAGUCCAAGUUCAGGGUGUAACAUUCCUGGAGCUGGUAGAAAUGCAGCAGAUUGGUGUUUUGUGCAUGGUAUUAUUUAAAUCAGGUUGGGUGAACUUGUGGUCCAUGAAGGGCUCACAGGGUCUCAGCUGUAGGUUGUGUUGUUUUGGCCCUCAUGCCCUUAGGUCGGCUGGUAGCAUUUCUGCAGCCUGCAGGCGACUCGACCAGCUCGUCCCACCUGUCUGACUGCUCUGCAGAGCAGCUGCUUUGUCUCUGGGGAUUGAUAGUAACAUACUCCGCCUGGAGGGGUGUUUCCAUGGUAAUCAUAAUCAAAAUGGUAAUCAGCUUGGAGCUUGUUCAGGUGUAGAAUAGGAAAAGGCUUCCACACCAUGUCCAUGAAUUUUGAUGAACCUCCAUUCAGCUGCAUCAUUAUUGGUAUAUGUACCUCCACUUUGAUUCAUACAAUCUUGUCAUGCAUUUAUCUGUAUUUAACUGUGGGAUUCAUUUCUCUUGUCUUAGCUUCAGCCUGUCUUCAGCAGCAUUGUCUCAGCAGUUCAACAUUAUAACUACCACAUAUAUGAAAAGACACACUUUUAAAGCAUAAUUUCCUCCUAGUACAACCAAAGUUAACAACUGCACCAUUACUGAAUUGUAUGUCGCACAACUACCCCAUAAAACAUGAACCAUGCAGCAGUCAAUAGAGAAAAAACUUGUAAAUUGCUGACAAACUGCAUCAUGAUAGGAUUCCUAAAUGAUUAUAAAACACAACUGAAAUACACCCAAUAAAAAAGCUGAAUUUAGAUGUAAAAGGUCAGCAGGGUCAGGAAUAAGUUCUUUAUCUAGCGGUCGGAUCAAAUGAUAUAGCUGUCAUUAUCAUCAGCUUCACAAGCUGCUACAUCUUCAGUUCUUUGAGUUCGAUGCCUGAGUGAAGGCUGAUGCUGUGGUCACUGAACAGCUGUAGAUUCAGACAUCCUCAGGUAGUAUCUGAACCUUAGACUCCUGCUAUUUCAGUGUCUUUUUGGCUUUAGAUGUAAAAAUAUCUCAUAAUUCUUAGAAUCUCAUGAUUAAGUACUAUUAUGCCGUUUCAUAGGCUCUUAAAAAGGAACUGUUACAGUCAUUCUCAUAUUUAGGGUAACUCUGCAUAAUCUUCUCCUCAGAAAACUCCUUAUGUAUCUUAUAGUGGGGUAUGUGAAAACCUUCACUUCAGCAUUAUUCAGCCCCUGCCUGAAAUGCCUCAUUUUAGCUCAUUUGGUAGUCUUGAAAUGAUCUGAAAGUUAAACCGUUACAGAAAACAGCAGAGACUAGCUGUUAGCACCGACUUAGCUCUCUGUCUAGCCACAUUGGCAAUGAUUACAUUAGCUGCGGUUGUACCAUGACUUACAGUUUGUGGUUUAGAGCCUCCAUGGUCUUAAUAGAUUUAACAGCCGCAGGUUUCUGUAACAGUCCAGAUCGUACAAAGGAGUCAGCAGUGAAAUGAGUACAAACCGUUAUAGUGUUGUACUGAAAGCACAAAAUCUUCCCACGAUUUUUUUUUGGAUGUGUGUGUUUAAGCAUACAUACUGUAUAUCCUACAGUGUAACUCUGUAUGCAUGUAUCAAUGUACAGCUCAGUAUAAUGGGUCUACUUUAAACCUUGUUUGGAGGUAGUGGUUCAGGUUGGGUACUUCUGGUUCUUGCAGGGCUUCUUAUGUCACUCUUGGAAUCAUUAUUACUCUUCAACAAAGACAACAUUCAAAACUAAAUCUUGACUUUCAGCGUUUUCGCACUUCAUGCCCCUUUCUCUCUGCCAGCCUGUGCAGCACAGACCAGAGAAGAAAGGAAUCAGGUCCAGACCGCUGAUUCAUUGUGGAAAAAUGCAGAAGAAAAGAGCAAAUACAUUCUGCUGGUAGCUUCAACGUUUCUUCAUUUCCCUCAUUUAGCUGACAAUACUGGAGAUUUGUAAAUAUAUACGUUGUAUAAGUCAGAAGAAGACAGACUGCUGCACCUUUUAGUCUUUAGUCCGGUUGGUUAGGGCACUCUGUGAACCUUUAAUUGUCUUCUCAAAAACAAACUAUUAUUGCAAUACAAAAAUAAAAGGUUUUGCUUGCUUAAAAUUGUUCAAUCCCUGAUAUAUUAAUCAAAAUUGAGAGUAUGACCAUUCCCAAAAAGAUAAACACAGGAUUGACACUUGAUACCUCUUCCCUCCUGACCUCUGCAUGGUGCGCUAAAAGCAGCAGGUUAGAGGAGGUUUACAUAAACACUGUGACAUCUGAGCUCUGUGUGCACCCAGGGCGACAUAAAGGUCAAGUCACCAUUGUUCUCAGGCCGACUGGAGGGUCAAAUCCCUCUGCUUUCUACCCCUUUCUCUACUUCUUGUUGUUGUAUUGGAGAGUUAGUGCCAAAGACUUCAAGCAGAGACAACUUUUUCAUUUUGAUACGUCUGUGUUGGUAGCUUAUCUCUCUAUGGCUGUCAAGACAUCAGAUUUUCACCUCAUAGUUGUCUUGGCCAUUAAACAUCAUGAUAAUAGUGUUAUCCUGAUAUCCAGAUAUGGAAAAAAAUUAACAAACGAAAAAACAAGACAAGCUGGAGCAACACAUUACUUUAUCAAUGUUGGUAAAAAGCACAGGUAACCUAAAAGUCAUCCUCUAUCUUAUUUGAGUCACUUUCUUCCCUGCAUUAUCAAGCGUACCACUGAAGCGUACCACUUCUAAUAUACUGUAAGUUACUCAUUUGAAUGAAAACAUAUUGAUGAAAAAUAAGAACAAAUGUUUGUUUGAUUAGUGACCUGAGGAGGCGGAAACACCUCUGCUGCUCUAGAUUCAUAAUAAAUCUUAAGAUGUCAGUUUUUAUAAGUGUCUAAUCCUCUUUUAAAAUGCUGCUACAGUUAGUUCGCUGUCAGCUGCUGUUUCUACUUCAUCUCUCCUCCUUUGUAAAAGAGCUUGUGGAUGUCCGCUCUGAUAAGAACAAAAUGCUUCAGCUUCUUCAGGAGUGUGUUUCAGGUCCUUUCAGGUCCCCUCUCACUAACCCAGCUUCAGACGGCCUUGUUUGCUGCACAGGAUUUGGAAAACAUUACGCCACCUCAGAACCAGGCACUUGUUGUGUUCCUGAGACCGGGUGGAGGUCCGGUGUGCGGCGCUGCACUCAGGAAAGUCAAACAGUGAAAGCAGAACAGGGAAACAAUGAAGUAAUGGAGAGAGAGAGAGAGAGAGAGAGGCUGAAACAUGGAGGGAGAGUGAAUGAAAGAUAGAAAUGUAUAGAGGAGGAAGAGGGGGGAGAGGUGAGGAAACAAGGCUCUGGUUUCUUUCCUCCCAGGCGCCAUAAUAUUUGGAGGGUUUUGUAAUAAACCAUGACAUCUUCAAGUAAAUGCAUGUCAGGUUUGCUUCUCCUAGCUGUGAUUUAACCAGUUUCCAGAUGAUAAAUUCCCUCACCUGUACUAAAAGAAGACUUCCCUGUAAAUCUUUCCUUUAAGACUCUUGAGGAAGUCUCAGAGCUCUAUCCUGGAUCCCCCAAAACCUCAGAAACAAUUCUUUCUGUGAGGCAAGGAAAGUCGAGUGCAGUUGUGAAAUAGUGUCAUAUAAUAAAAGAAACAAUACUGCUGUGAAAAAUUGCUUUAGAUUUAUGAAAUAAUUAAAGCUGCCUUAUGUUUUCUCCCUCCCAGAUUCCCUUCUUCUGUUACCAAUGACUUUUCUCUACUAUGUUGACACAUUUUACUACAACCUGAGUCCCAAUUUUGAUAAUAUUUGGGUUGUAUACUGCUGCUUCUUCCUUGAUAAGAGACCUUGUUGGUUGCUGUGGUAGGCUGUACUGGUUGGGAUGUUGGCUCAAACCAGGAUUAGGGCUGGGCGAUAAGGGAAGUUUAUCACGAUAUAUAUUUUUCAUAUCAGUCAAUAUUGAUAUGUAUCACAAUAUAAAAAAAUCAUUUGUCGAUCUUAUAUAUUCCCUGUUACUCUUAAAUGAAAUUUAACAUAUACUUGACAUAAUUUGCAGUGCACAUUAUUCUGCUUCAUGUCCGACCUCAAAAAAACAAAAUACCUCCACACCACCGACUUUUUCGUGCCAGUGUUGUCUACGAUGUCAUCUGUUGAGCCUUCAUCUGCAUUUCUGCCGGGGGUAGCACUCAUUUUCUUUUUAGCUCACAGACAGUGCUGUUGGCUUCACGUGUUAAAGUUCUAUGGUUGCAUGUAGCUGCAGCCUGCUACUACUCAGUUGUUUGCUACUUGGUUCUAAUUCAGCACAUAAUUGAUUCAGCGCAAAGCGGACCCAGAGCAACUCCCCUUUUCAUUGGCUAGUCGUAUAGUCUACCAAAACAUGGCAGAAUGCUGGCUAUCGAAAAGCAUGUUGACCAUGUUUUAUAUCGAUAUUGAGAGAAAUUAAUUUUUGAUGUAUCGUUUUAUCGCCCAGCCCUAACCAGAAUGCUACAUUUUGUGCGCCUAUUUUCCCAUCUGAGGAAAAUUACUACAGACUACAAAGAAUCGAAUGCAGAAUUUAACCAACAAGGAAAUAUUGCAUGUUAAAAGUAAUGAAGGUAUAGCACUUAGCAAGCAUGCACACACACACUCUCUCACACACACACAAACAGCUGUUUCUUUGCUUUCUGUGGAGAUGUGUGAAACAAAAGGUCAGCAGAGCUCAUGGUUUCCAGCUGUGAGAGAAGCAAAGAUGUUUGAGCUCUGAGACAUGCAAACUCUCACGUUUGUGUUCAUACUUGAAUUAUGAAUAAUGUUUUUAAUAUUAGUGCUGAGCAAUGAAGAACUGUUUGUUCUUCGCCUCCUCACGAUCCUUAUUAAGUUUCUUUAGUAGCAUCGAGUCUGGUGAAAUGCAGCAGAAAACAUUCACUGUCAAAGGAGCUUCUCUGUCAAACAAACAGCAGCUGGUGGUUUUAUUUACAUCACAGCCGAACAAAUGGAUUUUUUUUAUUUUGAUGGAGGUCAGUCAAUAGAGAUGGAGGCUAGGAUCUGCCUGCAGGCUGCUCUGAUUGGCUCAUUAUUGACCCACAUGUGUUGACCUUUGACACAGGACUGUGCUGGCUGUCAGUGCGAGAGCUGGACUGGUUUAGUUGCAAAUGAAUGGACCCUCACCUGUCAAUAAAGCCUUUUAUGAUUUAAGCAUUUACAGAAAACUUUGGUGAACUGCUUGUGGAGUGCUGGUUUGAUAGAAAAGACUCGAUUCAAAGACAAGAUGUGAAACAGCCAAACUGAAGAAAAACAUGCUCUCAUGGCUGCUCCUGCUCUCUGAUUGGUUGUUAAAUCUCUUCUUAUCAAGUUAAAAUAUUAAAAGUUUUUCAUCCCUAACAUGAUUUUUAUCUGGGGUCAGUCGCUCCCUCUUAACAUGUCCACUCUUCUCCCUGAGGAGCUGUAAAGAUAAAAGUCCAGGGCUGGUUUUGUUAAUAAAAGAAUAUAAACACAACAGGCAAUGCUAGCUUAGAUCUCAAGAUUUAUAUAUAUAUCCCUGAACUUUUGCUAUAAACUUCCACACACAGACUAAGGUCCACUCCAGCAUCCCACAAUGUCUCCCUGUGUGUGAAGCAUCACGGUACGCUGCACUUAGGCCUGAAACAAAUGAGCAAACAUGCAUACCUGUAAGAAAUCUGAUCAAGAUGUUGUGCACGUGGUGUUUUGCAGAGAAAAAAAGAGAGGCGAUGCAGUGAUUUAAUGCACUCAGUGUUGUGUUAUUAAGGGCAGUGCUGUGAGGAAUUUCAGGGAGUACUGUUAGCUUUCCACUACAGUUUAAACAAAGUGAUGGAGCUGGACUCAAGUCAUAACCCUGGCAUCCAUCAUCUUCUCCACAGCUCUACAGCAAUGUAACUUAAUAAUGCUGCAUGUUUUAAGAGUGCCAGGAUGAGAAAGGAAGUUUAAAGAAACCAGAGGAUUAUUAAAGCCCACUGACAUGUGCUGAAAUCGUCUAUUACAUAUUUUAAACCUCAGUUUUUGUUAAAGCUGCUGUGAUUUUAAACUGAUUAUAAAACAGAUGACGGUCAUUAUUGAGGCCUCUCUAUGACUACAACAGUGAGUCAGUGUACUUACAUGAGCUCCCCUGGUGCACUCGCCAUUUUUUUGGUGUGUUUUUCCACCUGUGCACAUUUCCACACCAGUCUGUACUAGGGAUGGAUGAUAGGAGUUUUCAAAAAAUGUUGAAAAUGUUUUCGCAUUUCACUAGUUUUCUCAAUAACCUACCACUUAAACUAGUAGUUAAGUAUCUUAUUUGACAAUGCCAGCUGGUGUCCUCAAAACAGAAUGAGUCAAAAACGUGGAUUAGAAUUAUAGUAUUUUUUAUCUGGACUUUUGUCGUCAUUGCCGGAAUGGCAAAACUUAUUGUGAUAAUUUUUUGGCCUAUAUUGCCCAUCCCUAGUCUGUACCCUCCUCCUUUCAGACAACCCCUCAGUAUCAAAGCAUCCCAUUCACUUUAAACCAGAGCGUGGAUAAAGAGGUUAGGACUGAGAAGCUGCAGAUCUCCCACAGAGGCUGGAUUCAAAAUCUUUCUUUUAAAAACAGCUAAAUAUGCCGUGAAAUGAACUUAGUAGAAGAAACAAUCAAAACUGGAAAAUAAACACGGCUUUAUGAUGGAUGCUAGUCAUGUUUGUUUAGACAUACUUGUUAAGUAACUCAUUUAAUGUCCUGUGUGGGAGCUAAAACUCUGGCUGAGUUGCUUGUGUAUCUGAUACUUUCACUGUAAAAUUGGCGGCUGUAUUCAGUACUUACACGUAGAGUACAUUUUUAAGAUGAAUUAGAUCACACAAUCCCAUCCCAUGUUCCAUCUUUUUUCUAUCUCGCUCUUCUUCUCUCUUUUAUAUCUUUCUCUCUCGUCUAAUUAAUAACACUCUUCUCCCUCAAGUCUCCUCUUCUCUUUCUCUCUCCCUUCAUCUCUUCUCACUUCUCUCCUGAGGGAUGCAGACGACUGUAGCGCUUAGCACAACAACAACACCUGCUGUACUUUGUGUGCUCGUGUGCUGUCUGUCUCUGUCUCUGUCUCUGUCCCUGCAUUUGUUGCCUCAGUCUCAAACCUUCGAGCACAGUCGAUUUAGUUUCAGUACAAGUUCAACAUGGACGUGGCUGACAUUCGUAAUCUCAUGCGUAAAACUCAAGCCUCUAUUUUAGAAAACGGCUUCCUGAGCAAAGGUGUGGGCGACCUUAAAAAUGUAAGUGCCGCUUCUGCUUCUUCAUUUGUGGGCUGUAUUUCUAGAUAUGUGUGACCUGAGUGUGACUUGUUGCUUUUGAGCUGAAGUGAUACUUUUUUAAAAUAAAUCUGGGUUGGACUUCCUCUCACUUUUAGACAGCACUGAGGCUCUCCCAGAGAAAACUUUGGACAGAGAACAAACAGAAAGUUGUCUCUUUGUUUUGUUUGAGGUCUGUGAAUGGUUUUUGACUUCAAACAGGGGGACUUGUGUUGCUCUGAAUGUGCUCUAUUGUUGGUUGAAAGCUGCGAGGGGGACUUGAGAUUUCCAAAAAGUCCCAAAAAGAUGUGAUGAGAGCUUUGAGGACAGGAAGGCCUUAAUGAUGUGCAAAUGUGCAAAAAAAAGAAAUGACUCGGGGCUACAACUUUUAUUAACAAAAAGCUUUUUAAUUCAGGCGGUUUGGUCUUAAAUUUAAAGCUGAAGCAAGCCUAAGCUUAGUUUAAUAAGUCGGUUAAAGGUACUGUGAGAGGUUUUCAUGCUGUGUUGACUCUGCUGAGCCCUCAGGAGGAAACAAGGAUAAAGACUUCUUUCCUCAUGAGCACCAUCACCCACCAUUAUAAGAUGUGGCUCUUGCUAAAGUGUGUAGAAACUGAGCAUUAUCAUGCAGGAAGGAAAAUAAUGACAGUGGCCUUGUGAGGGAAGAUGCAGACAAUGUAAAAAUGGCCCAAAUUCCCAGGAUUAAUCAGUCAAUCUCUUAUCAAUUUAUAUGCAUACUCAUUAAAUCCUGUUUGAAGACGUGCAGCAAAGGGUCGUGGCUGGAGUUAAAGGCAGUUAGAGGCAGAAAGGCUGUGCACAUGGAGUAAACCAGCACUUUUUCAACAACCAGUCCCAGCCUCCAUACUUUGGUUUCAGCUGGGCCUUUAACCCUUUAUCCCCAAAGAGAAUGAGCUAGGGCUGGGCGAUAUGGCCUCAAAUCAAUAUCACAAUAUAUUGAGCAGUUCACCUCAAUAAUAAUAAAUGGACAAUAACUGCUCCACAAGCUGCUAACCCUCUCCCACAUUAACUUUGUCUACUUCAGCCGCCGCUCCAGCCGCUACAACUUUUGAACCGUCCUCCAACUCCGAAUAUAUUAACAUGGGCAAAAUGACGUCGGUUAUUGUCGUAAUUUUCUGUAUUGGUAAAUUUUCGGUUUAGCACCCAGCCCUAUAAUGAGCUACUGCCAUCCCACAAGAUCGAGUCAGUGACAUGCCUGGAGGGCAGUGAUCGCUGGUUGUAAACAUGUCUUGAAAAAGGCACAUGAUGAUAUGUUGUCUGCUCUCCACCAACUGAAAUAUUUUUUCUCCCUCGUGUUUCUCCCUCCCUUUCUAACCUUGUCUCUUCCUUGCUUCCUCUCUUCCUGCAGGUGGUGGCCAGUGACGGUGUCCGGGCUAUGAUGGAGUCGGCCCUGACAGCCAGAGAUCGGGUGGGGGUGCAGGAUUUUGUCCUGCUGGAGAACUACACCAGCGAGGCAGCCUUCAUUGAGAACCUGCGCAAACGCUUCAAGGAGAACCUCAUCUAUGUGAGUGACUGAAUUUGAUCUGCUUGUGUGUUCCCCAGAGCCACACUGAUGCAGAAUAAAUGAGGUUGAUAUUGAUUUUUGUGUGUAAAAAUUGAUGCCAUAUGAGCAUGAAUGGAUAUAACUGAUUCUGGAUCAGGAAAUGAUGGUGUUAUCACAGCAGGUUAUCAAUAAAAUCUGAUCAAUAAAAACCCCAGAGAAGAAAAUAAACCCCCAAAAAAUCAACUAUUCAGCGUCCCUCUCGUGGCAGCAGAGUUACAGCUUUUCUUUAACCUUCGAGCCUCUCUUUUAACUUAACCUUUGGGUGGUGUCCUGAAUCUCACUCCACUGAGCUCUGCUGUGUUUCACUUUAAAGACAUGUGCCAUUGGGAGCUGUAAAUUUUUGAUUGGUUUCAGAAAACUACCACAGCCCAGUCUUUGUCGUGUAACUGUUUUCAAAUGUUUCACUAGUACAUGGAAACAAAGACAAAGCAGAUGACAUUUUCCUUUUUCACAAAGAAGCAUUUGUCUGAACCCACAUCCUCUGAAUCCAGUCCCAUCCAAUCCAGCAGAUACUCUUCAUCGGCAAAGACUAGUCAUCAUAGAGACUUAUUUCAUACGACUUGAAUUAAAAAGGAAAUAAAAGAGCAUAAAGUACAAGUUUCUGGUUUUGUAUGAUCAAAUAUCAUAAGAAUGAAAGUAGAAGUGAUGUGAAAGUUGUCAUUAUUCACUUUGACUGUAUGUUCUCUCUCUCUCUGUAUCAGACAUACAUCGGUUCAGUUCUGGUGUCAGUGAACCCCUACAAAGAGCUGGAGAUCUACACCAAGAACCACAUGGAGCGAUACCGAGGGGUUAACUUCUACGAGGUUUCACCGCACAUGUGAGUCCACAACCUCUCUGCCCAGGUUUACAUUACAGGGAUGGUUCCAGUUUUAAAGCUGGAUUGUAUGACAUACUCAUCAGUGUGUUUGUUGAGAAACCUGUUGGAGUAUUGAUAUGAGAAUACGCACGUGGACAAAAUUGUUGGUACCCCUCAGUUAAAGAAGGAAAAACCCACAAUUCUCACUGAAAUCACUUGAAACCUACAAAAGUAACAAUAAAUAAAAAUUUAUUGAAAAUUAAAUAAUCAAAAUCAGCCAUUACGUUUGAAAUGUUGAUUAACAUAAUUAUUUAAAAAAAAAAAAACUAAUGAAAUAGGGCUGGACAAAAAUGAUGGUACCCAUAACUUAAUAUUUUGUUGCACAACCUUUUGAGGCAAUCACUGCAAUUAAACGAUUUCUGUAUUUGUCAAUGAGCGUUCUGCAGUUGUCAACAGGUAUUUUGGCCCACUCCUCAUGAGCAAACUGCUCCAGUUGUCUCAGGUUUGAUGGGUGUCUUCUCCAAAUGGCAUGUUUCAGCUCCUUCCACAGAUGUUCAAUGGGAUUCAGAUGUGGGCUCAUGGAAGGCCACUUUAGAAUAGUCCAACGCUUUUCUCUCAGCCAUUCUUGGGUGUUUUUGGCUGUGUGUUUUGGAUCGUUGUCCUGUUGGAAGUCCCAUGACCUGCGACUGAGACCAAGCUUUCUGAUACUAGGCAGCACAUUUCUCUCCAGAAUGCCUUGAUAGUCGUCAGAUUUCAUUUUACCUUGCACACAUUCAAGACACCCUGUGCCAGAUGCAGCAAAGCAGCCCCAAAACAUUGCUGAGCCUCCUCCAUGUUUCACCGUAGGGACAGUGUUCUUUUCUUCGUAUGCUUGGUUUUUGAGUCUAUGAACAUAGAGUUGAUGUGCCUUACCAAAAAGCUCCAGUUUGGUCUCAUCUGUCCAAAGGACAUUCUCCCAGAAGCUUUGUGGCUUGUCAACAUGCAUUUUUGCAAAUUCCAGUCUCGCUUUUUUAUGAUUUUUUUUCAGCAGUGGUGUCCUCCUUGGUCGUCUCCCAUGAAGUCCACUUUGGCUCAAACAACGACGAAUGGUGCGAUCUGACACUGAUGUACCUUGGCCUUGGAGUUCACCUUUAAUUUCUUUGGAGGUUGUCCUGGGCUCUUUGGAUACAAUUCGAACGAUCUGUCUCUUCAAUCUGUCAUCAAUUUUCCUCUUGCGGCCACGUCCAGGGAGGUUGGCUACUGUCCCGUGGGUCUUGAACUUCUGAAUAAUAUGAGCCACUGUUGUCACAGGAACUUCAAGCUGUUUAGAGAUGGUCUUAUAGCCUGCACCUUUAAGAUGUUUGUCUAUAAUUUUUUUUCGGAUGUCCUGGGACAAUUCUCUCCUUCGCUUUCUGUUGUCCAUGUUCAGUGUGGUACACACCUUUUCACCAAACAGCAGAGUGACUACUUGUCUCCCUUUAAAUAGGCAGACUGACUGAUUAUGAGUUUGGAAACACCUGUGAUGUCAAUUAAAGGACACACCUGAGUUAAUCAUGUCACUCUGGUCAAAUAGUUUCAAUCUUUUAUAGAGGUACCAUCAUUUUUGUCCAGCCCUAUUUCAUUAGUUUGUUUUUUUUAAAUAAUUAUGUUAAUCAACAUUUCAAACGUAAUGGCUGAUUUUGAUUAUUCAAUUUUCAAUAAAUUUUUAUUUAUUGUUACUUUUGUAGGUUUCAAGUGAUUUCAGUGAGAAUUGUGGGUUUUUCCUUCUUUAACUGAGGGGUACCAACAAUUUUGUCCACGUGUGUAUAUGAGUUAGCUCUGCAAAUCAAGCACUGAAGAUAUUUUUACAUAUAAACUGAUAUUAGUGUCAAAUCAGCCUUUCUUGAAAUAACCUAAAUUAUGUGGUGGCGUGAGUAGGUAAUACUCUAAGGUCUGAAACGGCAAGGCAAGUUUAUUUGUAUGGCACCAUUCAUACACAAGGAAAUUUAAAGUGCUUUACAGAUGCACGGAAAUAUAUUGGAAAUGAAAACAGAGAUUAAACAAUUUAAAGCCAAUAAGACAAACAAACAAGUCUUUUUCUGUACAGUGUUUGCCCUAAUUAUUUAUUAGAAAACCGUCUCUAAGACUCAACAGGUCCCAAAGACCUCAGUGCACAGCACGUCCCUGACCCAGAGCUCCCCAUCCUUUUACCUGUUCUUCCCAUUUCAUUAGUUAGGUCCCAAUUUGGUCUUCAUUCCCUUGAGAAACUUGGAACAGAGGAAGCAUUUGUCAGCUUAAAAUCAAUUAAAUAUUAAACUGUAAUUAAAAAUCAUUAAAACUGUUGAAAUUGACAGAACAGCAGAUAUCAAAGUAGAAGUAAAAGAAAUUGAUGCUUUUAUAGAAAAGCUGCAGUGAACAGUCAUGUUUUCAGCCCUGAUUUAAAUAAGCCGAAAGUUUGUGUUCACCUAAGGCGUUCAGGGAGGUUGUUCCACAGGUGAGAACCAUAGAAGCUGAGCGCAGCUUCACUCCUGCUUGGUUCUGACCCUGGGGACAAUGAGUAGACCUGUCCCUGAUGACCUGACUGGACCUGAGGGGACCUCAGUCCUAUCAGUGUAAAAACAGACCCCCUUCUUAGGCCGUACUGAGAGUUACAACUUCUGGAAAAGUACCUCAUACAACCCUGCUUCCAAAAGCACCACUGCUUUGCUGGGAAAGGAAGUGUUUUUGGAAUAUAGAUCUUAUCUUUGCGUAUUUUUGGUCUUACUGACUGAUAGAUCUUAAUGACCUUCUGAGAUAACUUUUAGUUUUUUUCAGCUUUGAUGACAAAUUGUACCUCUCAGUUUGAACUAAAAGGGGGUCUGUUUAUACACUAAUAGGACAGAGUUAGUUCUCCUAAUACCUGAAGACUGAACAGAUGGAUUCCUCAAAGACAGAAACAGAUUUGUAGUGGAGUAAAUACUUUUGUGUCACCAGAAACAGUUUCAACUUCCCCGCUUUGAAAGACACCAGCCCCUUUAAAUAAACAAUGUCAUUUUGUCCCAAAAUAACCCUGCAGGGUGAUGCAGUGAUUCAAGCAGGUGCUGUUCAAGCUGCCAAUACUGCAGUGACAUCAACCUAAAAUAUCUGCACAGUAUAAUGCAAGCUGUUUUGAGAAUUGAUUCAUUUCUGCUCCGACAUUCAAUGUCUUUAUAGAUUUAUUUUAAUCCUGCAGAUGGCCUGUGGAAUAAUCUUUUCAGCCUCUUUAUUUUAUUUUAUUUUAUUUUUAUUUUAAUAAACCUUUAUUUAACCGGGUAAGAACCAUAUUGGGAUUGAGAUCUCUUUUACAAGGGUGACCUGGCCAAGAGGUCAGCAGCACACAUCACAAUAAUAAUAAUACUACUUUAUUAGUCGUUACAAACUCUAACUUUGGUUCUAGCCUUACAUCCUGCUGUCACAGUGCCACCAAAGAAAUGGCCGCUUUGCCAGAUUUAUUUUAAGGUAAUGAGUGGAUGAAUGAGAAUUAUUUGGGAGUCUGUCUAAUACUGCCCCAGUGUGACUUUUUAUGUUACUGUGUGUCUGAAAAACUGUAAAUAUAGGUGUACUUACAUAUACAACAUAUACUAUAUGCUUGUAAAACUGCUGCUUUUGUGUGCAGAGUCUCUUCUGGAGGUUUCUGUAAUGAUAUUCAAAUUUCUAGUAACAGCAGGUCUUUUUGGGGUUAAAUGAUGAACUUUGCCCCAAAGGAUAAUGUUGUAGCCAGUAUCCCUGAAAAUGUAAUUGUUUUAGGAUUUAACCCCUGUGCAGACCAACGACCCUGUUCAAACGAUGACACCACUCGGUCAAACAGAAAGGGGUCUGCUUUGAUCAUAUGAAACUUCUUGAUGCAGUUUUGUUGAAAAUAGUCAUUUACGGUCUGUCCCUGUGGAGCAUUUAUUAAUCAAAGUGAAUUAAAGCUGAAGGGGAUGAUAAACUUCAAUUUUAGGUACAAGAAGUUAAAAAAACUGCUCACUAAUGCCGCCAAACGAGGAGUCUUUUGAUGCAACAUGGAGCGUGUUAUGGAGGAUGAGUCCAUAUUUGUUGCACUUACUUUCAUAAUAUUUCAUUAUUUUAGUCAGCAGAAGAAUAUUUUCUCAUGGAGUCAGCUGCCUACGUAACGCUCUCAUGGUCAGUCAUACAGCUUACAUCAUGUCAGGGUAUGAAGCAGAGUGUUUGUUUGAAAGGUUGCCACAGAAAUAGCGGAAGAAUUUCUUCCCAGACCCUAUAGGUCAGACACAAACAAUCCAGAGCAUUAUGGAGACUUAAAGUGUCGUAAUGUCCGAAUCUCUCAGCUCUAACCCCUGAUAGUUUCUGUCUCUGGUUACUUCACCGCUUGAGCAUGAAGCUAAAUGUUUUCUCUCUCCCUGCGAGUGGAAAGAAAGAUGGGAUUUUGCCGAGGAGAGACGGAGCAUGAGAGGGAGAGAGAGAGACGGGGGUGAAGUGGAAAAGAAAGAAAACAAAUGAUGGCACCAUGCAAGUAGUUUCCUCCCUUUUAGAGGGGAUUCCUAUGACCUGAACCUGAACCUGCAGCCCCCGCACCUCCAAAAUAUCACACAUACAGUACACACACACACAUACAGCAACAUACACGUGUGUCCAAGCUGGUGGUUUAAUCUCCCAGUAAUUAUCCGGUGUCCAAACAGACUGAAACAACACAGCAGUGCUGAUAGGUAGCAGGGUUGAUAGAUGAUACUGUAACUCAAACAGGCCGUGCUCCACUCUGGACUUUCUGAUUCAUGCUGGAGGUCUUCCCAUGUUCACACUCUGAGGUGCUUCCAGAUGUUUUCAGCCAAGUGACUUUUUUCCAAAAGAGCUGCCUGGUAUGUAAAAUGUUUUCAGCAGCACAUCAGCAACAUGAUGGAUGUAUCGUUGUCGGCUGUGACCUGAAAUGAAGCCUAAACAAAUUGAGGACAGUUGGAGAAGGUAGAGACCAGCAGAUGGAGCAGCAGUAUCUCUACUUAGAUGUUUCUCUUUUCCUGCAUUUCUCCAUUUUUAAUCUGAGGCUUAUUUUAGUUACAUGUGUUUUUCUGUCUGUUGUCCAUCAAAAUAUCUGAAACAUCUGCCCGAUCACACCCUUCUCUAUGCUCCUCCAGCUAUGCCGUGGCAGACAAUUCGUACCGCUCUCUGAGGACGGAGAGGAAGGACCAGUGCAUUCUCAUCUCAGGUGAGAGCGGCGCCGGGAAGACAGAGGCAUCCAAGAAGAUCCUGCAGUACUACGCCGUCACCUGUCCAGCCAGUGAGCAGGUGCAGACUGUUAAAGACCGCCUGCUGCAGUCCAACCCUGUGCUGGAGGUGAGAUGAUGCCACACUCAAGUAAACUGAGAAAGUCCUAACAAGAUCUGUGACAAUUAAUCACUCCAUCAAGUUAAGUGUUAGAAUUUGUAUUCUCAGCCUCUUUACACCUCCAGAGUUGAAAUUUGAUGAAAGUGAUGAGACAUUUUCCAAGAAGACUGAUGAACAUGGAUUGUCAGGAUGGUAGAUAUUUAUUUUGGUGAAUGUCCGGCUCAUUUUGACUCAUAAAUCAGCCACAGUCAGUGCUUGUUUGGAGGCUUAAGGAUUAAAAUGAUUUGUGUUUGCUAAGGCCAAACUUACAGUAAGUAUCAUAACAGGGUCAUUAAUAGUUUGUGAUCCUGUUUUUGGAGUAAACUUGUCACACUAAUGUUGUUAUGAUACAUCUUUGUGCCAUAGUGGUAUAAAAAGCUCAGUAUCUUUCUUGAUGAGGAAACAUUAUUCUGGUUUUCAGGCCAAACAUGUAACAGUAAAGCACACUGAAGUCUUUUCCAGUAUUCCUUUCAGCAAAUUUAUCUUUUAAAUUGCACAAUUCAUCUUCUCUGGCAUUCUCUAAUUCAUAGAUUUUGCACAUUUCUGCAACAGUGCAUGCAUUUUUUCAUUUUAAAAUAGAUAAAUGUGGAAUUUUUUUACAUGCAUUUACCCGACCUUUUCAUAGUUAGUAUUAUGUAUGGCUUUUAUGCUCACUAAAUGUGUGCAAAUGAGCCAAGACAGCAUUUCCAACUUCCCAAAGCAUGUACAAAAGGGUAAAUGUUCCACAAACCGCUCUGUGCCCCAGUGUUGUUUGCACACACUGAAAUAAUCCAUAAUAAUAAUCCACACACAAAGUGAUAUUUUCACAAGCUAAACCUAAAAUAAUGAAUAAAUAAAUAAAUGUUGUUAGAUUCAAACUCUGCACAACAAUUCCUCCUCUGCAUGAUCUUGAAAUAAUACAUCUAUACAUAAAGUCCCUUAAUAUUACUUUGACUGUUGUGGUGAUAAUAAGGAGAUAAAUCAGACUAGGGUGCUCUGUGGAUAAACUCUACUUAGAGUAUUAAUUUACAUCUGUAUUCUGCUUGAAUUGACUGUUUUUCUUUCUGGCUUGCUCUGGGAAUUAAGCUGCUUAAUAACUAUGAAAUGUGUCUAAUGUGUCAUUAUUUAUCUCCAAAAUAAAACAGUACAGACUUUUCCUCUUCACCCAGCCCAUCAUGACUGAAAAAGCUUCCCAGCCUCUGUAUUUUGAUACUCCGCAUGUGGUCCAAUAAAACAUUGAAGCUUUCCCAACAGAUAAAAUCUUUUUGGCCUAAUCUCAGUAAAACUUUAGAGAACAGGUUGUUGGAAGUUUCUGUGUUUGGCGUUUUUUGUUUUUUUUCUCUGAAAAAUUUGAGUCCACUGAAGUGCUUGUGUUGAUGUCUGGUGUGUCUCUGCCAGAUGUUUUCCAGAUGUGAACAAGUGUGUGAGUGUACACUGUGUCCUCUGAUCUGUGCUACUGUCUGAAACAAACACUGCGUGGACUCUAACUCCUGUGGUUUGUUUCUCCUCUAUGUCUUCAUCCACCUUUCUGUCUUUAUCACUCAUCACCUCCGUCAUCUCUCUGCCUCUCAAUCCUUCAAUCCUCUCCUGUCCCUGUAUUCUUCAUCCUUUUUUUUUUUCCCUCCAGGCCUUCGGCAAUGCCAAGACAUUACGUAACGACAACUCCAGCCGCUUCGGCAAGUACAUGGACAUUCAGUUUGACUUUAAGGUGAGCUGGAGAGUUUUUUGGUCACUGUCAGAUACUUCAACUGAACCCUGUAGAGAGCAAAACUAGAUUUAUCACUGUGUCAUUUAUCUGUGAUUAUCUACAUUUAGCUAUUUUUUAAAAACAGGUAAAGGCGCCACAAAGUAGGUGUCUGAUGAAUUAACUCCCUCUGUCAAACCAACUUAAUUCACAAUCAUAUUAAGAGUUUCAGUUCCUUGAGUUAAAUAUAUGAUCUCUAUAAUUUGAGAUUAUGUUUGUUCUUUAUGUUUGUAGAAAUUUGAACCUUGUUUGGUCGUUUUGUGAUGAAUUUCACAAGUCCUCUCUCUUGUAUCUCUAAAUGUUGUUACACAAAAUGUAUCACUUCCCUCAAAACUCCCGUCGACUUGCAUGUUACUGUACAUCAAUCCUACACCAUACCUCAGUACCCCAGCCUCAACCUCUCCUCCCCUUCCUCCUCCCAUCCUUCCUCCCCCGUCUCUCCCUGGCCUUUAUCCCGUCGGCAGGGCGCCCCCGUGGGAGGCCACAUCAUCAACUACCUGCUGGAGAAAUCCCGCGUGGUCCACCAGAACCACGGGGAGAGGAACUUCCAUAUUUUCUAUCAGCUGAUCGAGGGAGGAGAGGAGGACCUGCUGAGGCGCCUUGGCCUGGAGAGGAACCCACAGCAGUACCAGUACCUCGUCAAAGUAAGAGCUCAGUUAUUCACUCCAGAGGGGGCUCUUGUUUCAGGAAAUUAAAACACUUCUUUGGAUUUAGAUCAAUUUGAAGCUCUGAGUGUUAGGCCAUGAGCAUCAAAGUGUUGAAAACUACAGUAUACAAAAUAGUUGAAUCUAUCAAAGCUGCUAUUUGAUGUUCAUUUUAAGCUUUACUUUUAUACUCUGCAUGAUCAAAAAUUCAAAAACUUAUCACUUCUCAUUUUAAUUCAGUUUCUGGUGUUUCAUAUAUGUGCACAAUGUUGUUGAGUAGAUUUGCAUUCAAACUUGAAUAAUGUAAAGUAAAUAUAAAGUAGCAAGUAUUUGCUCUUCUCAAGUAAAGAACUGAAAUGAGAAGAAGGAGAAGAAAAUGAAAAAUAAAUAAUAUCCAAAUGUUUUGAAAAUCUGUAGUGAAGAUGUAUUUUUGCACAACGGUUGGUCUUUGUUUUAAUGUGAGUCUGCAGUAGUGCAUAGUACCAUCAUGCCGUUGUUCAUGUUUAUUCAUCUUACAAUAAUGGUUUUGUGAUGCGUUAAUGGCUUGAUUCUCGUUGGUCGACACAAUAUAAAAACUGUCUGUCAAUUCUUGAAGAACACACUGUUGCUAUGAAGAACAAACCGUUGCUAGGGAUGCAGCCUUAAUCACAGAAUCUGGAAGACUUCGCAUUUUCUUUUUUGCUCUUUUGCAAAGAUGUUUCAUAAUGUUAAAGCCUUUAUUUGUUUAUAUUUUACCAUUCAGUUCUCAUGUUUUUUGCAAAAAGCUUCUGGCGUAUUUCCUGUAUUCUUACUGAUAUCUUGUAUAUAGAAGAUCUGUAAUGGCUGCAUUUUUCCUUCAGGAUAAAUUGAAUAUAUCUGAUUCUAAUUCUGAUCCUGUAAAUACUGUUUUUUGAAACUCAGUACUGAUUGGUCUGUAGUCCAUAGCAACGGUGUAUUAAUUUUUGAUGGCACACUGUUGCUAUUGAAUCCAUGCUGCCGCUUUGAAUGACACACAAAUGCUUUAGAAAACAGUUUGUCAUAAGGGAUGCAGCUCCAAUCACAGACUCUUUAGGACUGUAAUCGUAUCAGUGUACAGACAGAAGUCAGCUUUGUUUGACAUCAGUUUGUGAAAAGUAAGAAAAGAAUAGAGAUAAAGAUAGCAGAGACAAGGCAGAAGAGGCCUAAGACAUAAAACUCUAGAUAAGAAGGAGGUACAUGAAACUGGAGAUGGCACAUGAAGUACACACCUUUCAGAGGACGGUGUUAAAGGAGUGAAACAUGGAACGAAAAUAUCACAGACUGACAGUGAUGAGGCAGAAAAGCUCAGCCAGGUGCUGCUGAUUCAUGCAGACUUGUUCACCUUGUUUUUUCACCAUCAGUGGAGCUGUUCAGCUGAAUGUGAAUAAUCACAUCCUGUCAGGGCUCCAGCCCCCUUUAACAGCCCCCUCACUGCACAUUAUCUCUGAAUUAAUCCUCCAGUCACACUUUUAUUCUGAAAACGAUUCAAACUGUCUGCAGGGAAGCUGAAUCAUAGCCCUCUUGUUCUCAGGCUUGCUUUCUCUCUCGUGUAAAGAGUCAUCGGGCUGUAGUAGGUGUUUGCAUGUGUGUGCAUGUGUGGGAGUGUGUCCCAGUGGGAGUUCUGCUUAAUAGGCUCUCAGUCUGGGACUCUCAGAGCACCCAGAGCAACUUUCCUUCAGGGCAGAUCUGCCUCAAGUCGCACACAUAUUCAAAGCUGAGCAACAACCCUUAACACGUGUUUACACAAAUGGGUGUUUACAUCACAUGUAAACAGGUGUUUACAUGUAAAUCCCUAUGUACACAUCACCUGUUUUCUUGUGUUUGUUCAUAGUUAUACUUGGUGAUAAAAACUUGUGGCAAAUUGAAAAUGUAAAGUUUGUUUACGGUGUUUUUUGUGUCUCUCUGAAGGGAAACUGCCCCAAAGUGAGCUCCAUCAACGACCGCAGCGAUUGGAAGGUGGUGAGGAAAGCUCUGAGCGUGAUCGGCUUCAACGAGGACGAAGUGGAGGUGAGUCCAGGCGGUGGGAACCGUGCCUGACAUGUUUGUUUUGUCACUUCCAGUGGUGAGGAGACACAAACACAAAAAUUACAGGAAUGGUCCAAACACAUAACAACCUGUUAACUCUUCAAAACAGUGUUAGAAAUGACAAACCUAAGCUUAUAAGCUUUUGAAGACCCGAAUGUAAAACGACUGCUGCCAGUAUCCCAUCACAUUUGAAUACGUCUCGGCCGGUCUAGAUUUGCUGUAAUGUUCCUCGUGAGCAGGUCUGAAUUACCGAAAGUGUUUGUUACUCAGUGUUAUCAAAUGGUGAGAACUUGUUUGUGCUCAGCGUGGGAGUCUUCCCACACCAUCAUGAGUCUGGUCCAAAUCUCACACAGACUUUGAGGGAGGAGCAGGUGUGAAUGUGUGCGGCUCUAGUUUGAUACAUGCUGCUCGAUGUGGUGAAUUUCUAGCCUGUUUUAAAAAAGCCCCCCACCCGCCGAAGAUCGCUCUUAUAUGAUCUUGUUAAAAAUACACCCAUAUAAAGUUCCUGUUAUGAAGCUGGUGUUAGAAUGGACAUUUAGACAGAAUCAUAUAGUGUGUGAACAUCGCAGAUCAUUUGGUUUUGCUGGGUUUUAAGGGUUAACCGUAUUUUGAUCACAGAGGUUAAUAUCUGUUAAGUCACUCAUGAAAAUAAUCUUGUUACUCUUAUGUCGGCAGCCUCUCAUCUCCUCACCUUUGUCCCCCUCCCUCCCCUUUUGUCCUUUUCCCCCAUAUAACCCUCUCUUGUCCUCACGUACCCUGCCCCCUCCUCUCCUCUGUGUUUUCUCCAUAUAGGAGUUAUUGAACAUUAUCGCCAGUGUGCUCCACCUGGGGAACGUGCAGUAUGGCGGUGAGGAAGGCACCGCCUCCAUCACCUCUGACACACAGAUUAAGUACCUGGCCAGGGUAAGAGAAACACCCCAAACUCAACACAGAUAUACAUUCUUAGAUGCAUACUCUAAAUAAAUCCCUGUUUCAGUUUUUUCUUAUCGAACAAAACUUUCACUUUCUUCUGUUCUUUUUGGUCUUCUUUGACUUUAUUUCCUUUUUUUGUGUUUUGUUUCAUUUUGUUUUGUCUUUGACACUUUGUUGAACUCCUGCUGAGAUUACAUCAAGUAUUUCGCACUCAUGCGCUGAUACUGCCCUCCAGUGCUACUUCAUGUAUUUCAUUUGUAUUGAGGACACAUAUAUUCUCUCCACACUUCUCAACGUGUGCACAGUUUAUGGGGAAAGAGUGUCUAAAGCUGCGAUAAAAUUCUGCACGUGAGUUCAUACUGUAUGAUUAAUCCGAAUUCAUAAACUAGAGUAUAAAAACUCCUGACAGGGUUCAAGAGAGGUGGGGUUUUACCAAAAGUCCCUCAGUCAUGUUGACUAAAUGUCUGUCCUGCAUUUUUGUAUGUCUUGCAAUAAAAUGCAGGAACAAAACUAAGUGAAACAUCUUCAUAAGUUUGCACUGACGUGUGUGUACUUGAAGAUGUGUUUGUUUUCCCUUGAUUGUUGUUGGAUUUCGUUUUAGUACAAAAAGAAACCACAAAUGAGAAAAAUUUGGUAAAUUUUUGUAUUUUUAAGAUUGUAUGAGUCAAUAUUAAAAAGAAAUUUCAAUUUCUAGGAAACAGAUAAGAUUUUGAUGUUAUUUUUUCAACUGUGUGAAACUCUAUUCAUUGACUUUAGUUUUUGUUGCUGUUCAUUAUUUUUUUCAUUUUUAUUCAAAUGUAUUUAACUGCUUUUAAUUUAAAGAUUCCUAUAUUCAUUUCAAAGCUUCUAUCUUUCAGUGUUGUUUUUACAGAUUUACUACCGCUAUUUUAACCGUCCUUUCUCUUUUAAUUCUCAAUCAUCUCACUUCCUUGGUGUAUUAGGUCUUAGUUUAGGAAGCCCAGUUCUUGUGUAGCCAGGCUCUCACAGUCAUCAUGGUUUCUCAUAACAUCUAUAUGUUGUUUGGGUUAUUUUGUGAUGGUUCUUGAUGUUGGGGUUGAAGUGUUAACAGGCUCAUUUGCUGUUGGGUUUCUGCGUUUUGUUGUUGUGUCUGCUUUUCUUUUCUGUCAAAGCACUUGGUAAACUCCUGUUUUUCAAAGUUCUACAUAAAUAGAGUUAUGAUUAUCAUUAUUAGCAUUAUUCUUUACAUCGUUAACACUCCUUUCAGAACUGACACAUCCAUUACUCUGAUAAAUGCAAGUAAAGAGCAUUUAUUUAUAAAGUUGAUGUACUAAAUCAGUAACAUCCUUUCUGAAUGUUUAGUGAGGCUGUUUCUGAUAUAUGUCCAUCUUGCUGUGAUUUCCAGUUGUUGGGAGUGAAUGGAGCGGUGCUGACGGAGGCUCUCACACACAAGAAGAUAAUUGCCAAGGGAGAGGAGGUGGGUUUGGACACACACUGGCAUUGUAAAACAAGUGUGUGUUAAGCAUUUGUAUACAAAGCUUUCCUGUCUGUGUAAUGUCUGGUGUGCUGUGGUUUGAUUAUAUUAGAACAUGUCUGUCUGUUGAUGCUGAACUCUGUGUAACUCUGCUGUUCGUACCCGUGUUUCCUGUGUGUGGCUCUGUUUGAGUCUGUGUGUGUUUAUGUGUGGCGGUUCAUAAGUUUGCGUGUGUGUUUCCUCCUUCAGCUGGUGAGUCCGCUGAACUUGGAGCAGGCGUCAUCGGCUCGGGAUGCUUUGUCUAAAGCCGUGUACGGACGCACCUUCACCUGGCUGGUUAACAAGAUCAACGCUUCGCUGUCAUACGCGGUACUCAUACACACAUUCACAGACACACACGCACACAAAAGUCAAAAAAGGACCUUAUUUUUAUUUUAACCCCAAUGUUUCAUGUUGGGGUCUAAAUGGCAAACUGUCUGUUGUCUCUGUAGCAAAAAUGUGAGUUUCUGCCUCACAGACUGGUCACCUAAAACAUGAAUCUUCAGUCUAAACCCAACACAGCAGUGUAGUCAGAGACUGUAUAUGUCUCCUCCUCUAACUAUUAGAUCACAGCUCCACCUAGUGGAUAUGAACAGUUAUAAAUGGAGAACAUAAUCCAGUAUUGCUUUUCAAUGUUAUUCAUAACUUCUUCAGGGUUCUACUUUAAGUCUUCUCAUAUUACACUCUUGUAGAGAAAAGCUGUCAAAUAUCACUGCAUGUGCAAAACUUCACCAGCACUUCAAAAGUAUUUCUCUGUCUAUAAAUUAAACCCUGAUGUGUAAGUAAAACCUGUUUGACUUUUGUGUGUGAAUCAAUGUUUUGAAAUUUUUGACUUAGGUGUUUUCUGUUGUUUUGUUUUUUUUACCAGGAUGAUUCCUUUAAGAAUUACUCUGUCAUCGGCCUGCUGGACAUCUACGGCUUUGAGGUCUUUCAGAACAACAGGUACACCCUUUGACAAAAUCUUAAUGUUGCAUUUGAGAUGUAAUUUCUGACAGGGGAGGAAGUUUUUUUUACAGAUAUCUACAAAGCAUAACGCAGAAGAUAGCACUUAAUAUACUGUAAACGAAGCCUUUAAUUUUUUUAACCACUGUGUGCAUUAAGACUGGAAUUUAUUUUGAACGUAUUUGAGGAUGCAGCAUCUUAAUUUGGAGGGUGUCCAAAGGCUUAGUAAAAGGAGGUUCUCUUUUCAUGCAAUUAGACCAGCUGAGUCUGCAAAUAUGUUUUUUUCAGUCUCUGUAACACACGGCAUAUUAAAUCUUUGCAUGCAGCUGUUCCUUAAAGGUUAUUUUUGUGCCUUAAUUGAUAGAAACCUCCCUCAGGGAAAACUUAAUGCUGUGAGAGACCUGUGUUGAAAAAUUUGAGGGACUAACAGCCCUGAAAUUUUUUUUCACCUACAUAUUAAAACCCAUUUUCACUACUGAUUCAUUAGUUGUAUUUUAAUUUCUCAGCUUGAAACUCCAAAAUAUUAGUGGACCUUAUACUGAAAUUCUUUCAUGUUAUUAUUUUCAGGCCUAAAACUGAUUUUGAAGGCCUUAUUAAUACAUAGUAUGAACUUAGCUGAAUAAGUAAAAUCAGCUUUGAGAGAUAAAUCAACCCAUGCCAAAAUAAUACUUAUCUUUAAACAAGCAAAACUUUAUUCCUUAGUCUUCUUUUUUAUUAAUUUGAGGUGUUUGUUGUUGUGUGUUUCUCAGCUUUGAGCAGUUCUGCAUCAACUACUGUAACGAGAAGCUGCAGCAGCUCUUCAUCGAGCUCACCCUCAAGUCUGAGCAGGAGGAGUACGAGUCUGAGGGCAUCACGGUCAGACAUCGCUUUCUUUCCUCUUCUUUAACUUUCCUUUACCAACAUAUUUGCACACCAACGCUGGUUUUAUACACUUUAUACAUUUAUUUUACUCACGAAUUCAAACCAGUUGUUUCCUAAAGUUGUUUGAAUGAGCCGUCCAUCCUUGAACCUUUAAUUCUCUCUGUUUUGACGCUUCCUCUCGCCUCUCACUGUCAGUGUUAGCUUUACAGAGAUCUCCUAAUGUGAUUGUAGCUGCAGCUGUUUUCAUUUUUUUUAAAUUGAUAAUCCUAUUUUACCUCCAAGGCUUCCACUUAACAUGAUUUACUUACUUUUAGAGGACACCACCAUGUUUUGCACUAGGUUACUUAAGAAAAUUGCAGGUUUAAAAAAGGCUGAAAAGCUCCUUCAGCUGCACCUUUUUUUAUAUCCAUUUUAUUGUUUUGUUUUGUGUAUUUGUAACAAGGGCCUGUUGUGGUCUGCCUGAUAUAAAUUCAGAGUUCAGGUUGUGGGAGGAACUGGGACGCACCUCUGAAAGAGCCCUUUAUCAUCUGACAUCAGGGUGGUGGGCUGCUCUCAGUCAUCUCUGUGGAAAUUAUGUGGCUGUUGGUACAAACAUAGGCUAACCGCCGUGUCUUCAUGUGUGUCAAUAUAUAAGGGGGCGAGAAGCGUGUGUGUGCGUGUGUGCCAGGAUUCCUAAGAUUCUGCACAUAAGUGAAUUCACAAUCAUAAUAUUGCUCAGAAUAGUUUGAUUUACAUUAAUAACAAUAGAGAGAGAGAUUCAUGCUCCAGAUGUUCCCGUUUCUUUACAUCAAAGCUCUGAUGGUUGAAUAACAGCAGGCCGCCGCUCUUACAUAAACAGCUUGACUCUACAGUAGCAGACAGUAUAGAUUAAUCUACGUGUGCUGGUUCAAGAUUCAAGGUGCUCUUUAUUAUCUCUGUGAGGAGUUGUUUGAUUUAUAGUCAGCAGUAAAACAACCACACAUCAGGCCAGCUGCAUGAACUCAAAUCUUGGCAAGGAUUAUCGUUGUAUUUCUUGGGAAAAUUACCUAUUAGGCUUUAUUGAAUCCAUAUUUUUGUUGUUGUUGUUGUUGAUUUGUCAGGUAAACAGAAUUUCUAGCCACACACACUUCUCUCCACAAGAUACUGUGUCUUUGAUAAAUUGGUGGGAUCCUUCACUGAGAACUGCGUUUCAUUUCAGCCUUGGUCUGUUUUACCCACACGUUUUUGUUCUCCCAACUGCAGGGGGUCACAAUUGCCAGCUGAUUCGCGUUAUGUUCUGCUAAAGUCAUGUCAGUGCAUAAUCACAGCGGCCAUGAUGGUCACCUGCCACACUUGCUAGUGGUUCCCAAAGUGGAAGUCAUGAGACACUUAGUGGGGGAGUUAUUUAAAGUUGCAUAUUUUGUCCAGCAUUGGCGAGAGUUAACCACCUUUAAUGACAGAGGGAGUCACAAACCUUUAGCACUCUGAGGUUUGCUUUGAUUCAUUCAUUCAUUCAUUCAUUCAUUCAUUCAUUCAUUCAUUCAUUCAUUCAUUCAACAUGGACAUACAGUGACACUGGUGCUGAAACAUUCAACCUUACACAACUCACACAUGCACUUCACUUGGUGUUUAGCACCAUGCUAAUUUGAAACUCCUGUCCACUAAUAUAUCUUCAACUCUGUCCUCUUUGACACGUAUCCUGUUUGUGUUUUUGCAGUGGGAGCCGGUUCAGUAUUUCAACAACAAGAUCAUCUGUGACCUGGUGGAGGAGAAGUUUAAAGGCAUCAUCUCCAUUCUGGUGAGGAGACGCUUUAGGGAAAGGAAACUCGCCUGUUUGGUUCAUUGUUACUGCAGCUCCUUUAGUGUCCAUUUGAGGCUGACUGCAAAAGCACUAGAAGUCAUACACACUUACUCAAAAAGGCUUUUUUAAAACAAAAAUAAACAUGCUGGUUCAGAAGUGGUUUGACUUGAACAGCUCACCCAAACACACUGUACAAGAGUGAAUUUAUCAUAAACCCAUUAGUUUUGUAGAUAUUGAGGUUGUGAAGUUGGCGUUAUUAGAGGUAUGUAUGUAAGUGUGCCCAAAAAAGUUCAAACUUUUUCUCUAAUGGACAGUAUUAUCAUCCUUUUAUCUUUAACAUGACAUCAAGCCCUUCAAAAUCAGAAAACCUGAACAUUUAUAUUUUAUCAAGGUUGUGAUGAGUAUAUGCUGUAUUUAAAGAAAAUAUCUCAUGUUUUUGUUUUUGUUUUCUUUGAACAGGAUGAGGAGUGUCUGAGACCCGGAGACGCCAGUGAUGUCACCUUCCUGGAGAAGCUGGAGGACACACUCGGAGGACACCCGCACUUUGUCACGUCAGUCCACUUUCAGUCCCAUCUCCUGAACAGCUGCAGAUUUAUUUAAUACCAGACACAAGUCAAGGCUGCAGCUUGUUUGAGGUUACAUGCUGUGAACUAUUGGAUUUGUGUGAGGUCCAUUGACUCAUAUAUCUCUGCUCUCCAUGUGUGUGUUUGUGUGUGUUUCCCUGCAGUCACAAGCUGGGUGAUGGAAAGACCCGGAAGGUAAUGGGCCGUGACGAAUUCAGACUGCUGCACUACGCUGGAGAGGUCAACUACAAUGUCAACGGUGUGUGUUUGUGUGUGCUGCUGUGAACAAGGCCAGUGUGACUUCAACUCCUGGUCCAAUAUCCAAUACCAGACUAGAAAAAAAGUGGACUUUAGGUUAUCUGCAGACCAGUUAUCAAUCAAAAACACACCUGUUAACAAGCACAUGCAUCCUCCCUCUGAGAUAAAUGGCAGGAGGCGGGAUGGGACACGAAUUUACCUGAUGAUAAUAACACUGCAGUUAAUGUGUGUUUAGAAACUAAGUUUACUUUUCUCUCACAGGGUUUUUGGAUAAGAACAACGACCUGCUCUUCAGGAACUUAAAAGAGGUCAGUUCAAAAUGAGCAGGAAUAUGUAACCUUGACAGACAAAGAUGUUGACUCACUCCAACAGUGUGUAACAUUAUUAUUGUCUUGUUCAGAGGUUGAAGUAGUUGUCUGUGUGUUUGCAGGUGAUGUGCAUGUCAGAAAACAAGAUCCUGAAUCAGUGCUUUGAGAGAGAGGAGCUGAGCGAUAAGAAACGCCCUGACACGGUGAGAUAUCUGUGUGUGUGUUUUGUGAGUGUGCGUGUUUGUUUGUGUAGGUGAGUGUGUGUAUUUUGUCUCAGACUGUUUAACAAGUGAACUUACUGUAGGAUCUGUUAAAGGUUGGACUUGAACACAUCUGUAACGUCUUAUCCUUUAUGUGCGAUUAGACACAAUUUGAUCAAAGGUUUCAGGCAAUUUAACUACAAUGUAAAGUUAUCAGUAACCUGAACAGAGAAAAGUUCAGAUAUAUGUUUAUCUAUCCCUACAUUUUUAGCAUCAAAUUAGCAUAAUUGUUUACAGGACUUAACAAACCAAAUUAAUAAUUCGUGAACAUCCAGUGAGAGUCAAACACCUUUAUACCUGCACCAUGUGAAAAUCAUAACUCUACACAGCUCCUUGUUUGAGUCUUGUUCUGAGGGUUUUUUACUAAAAAGUUGCCUAAGUCAUAUAGUCAGCUGGUACGCUUUAUUGAUUAUUAAAUGGCAUUUCAGGAAAUAUUCACACUGUGCAGUCUCCCUUUAUGCCUCCACAUGUCCGUCCCUCUCUCUCUGCUUAGACCAAACCCUGAGACACCUGAAAGCACCCCCUCAUACAGAAAAAAAGCGCACAAAAUGAGGUCAAAGUUGAUAUAAGUACCUGCUGUCACUGGUCAGAUAAUACCAGCUAAAGUGUUCAAUAUGAGCUUGCCUUCUUCCUUCUUGUGAUUGUGUGCGUACUGGUUUUAUAUUUAUAGGUCCUGCUUUUCAACGAGAUUGUCUAAGGGCCAUGGCUCCCCAAAAGUUCCUGAACCAUUUGCGAUAGCCCCCCUGACAAGGGACUUUUAAUGGCGUAAAUCAAUUACCCUGGAGACCAAACUUAGUCCCAGGUUCCUGCUAUUGACACAAAAGCGUACCCCUUUUCCUCUGAGCUGGUUCCAAGGCCAGUAAUAUUAAGAAACACCAAACUGAGUUCCUGAGAAGGUUACUCAUUUCUGGUGGAAGUUGAUCCUGUGGAAAAGUACCUCCAAUGUCUCUAACAUAGUAAACGGUGUCAGAAAAUAGCCUUGCAUGUCUAGGCUUGACUUUUUAAAGGAAAAAAAUAGGUUUUCAAAAGUCACUCAUACACACUAAUAAUAAACCAGACUAGAAGAAUGAAAAUGUAAACUCAAACACAAAUACAACUUCUCCUUUCAUUUCUGUUUUCAUGUCAUCUUUUACUGAUUGUGUCAAACAUGUUGUUGUUGUAAAUGUUCUGUGUGAACGUGGAUUCAUAAGAGUUUGGAGAGAAUAAAAGAAUAUGCACUCCAGCAUACUUUCCCACAGAUUAACAGACAGCGGUGUGUUUCCCCUCGGCAGGGAGGAGUGGGAGCUCAGAUGGGGAUUCUCUGCUGCCUCCCACUCACCCAGGAAUGCCCUGACACUUGUGUGCCCCUCACUCUCUCACACACACAAAUACACAAACACUUGAACAGGGUGCUGUCACAGGCCGAGUACUCCACACUGCUCCUUGUGUUUGCUCUGCUUGCGUCGCUCUGCUGAGGUCAUCAUCGUCUGUCUGCGGCUUCAACUCGCUCUUCGGCUUCUGCUCCCGGCUCCUGACUGCCAUCCCCUUACCUCCGUGCUUUCUUCUCUUCUUUAACACCUUUGCUCUCUGUGUUUGUGUCUGCCCCUCCAGGCAGCCACCCAGUUCAAAGCCAGUCUGGCGAAGCUCAUGGAGAUCCUCAUGUCGAAGGAGCCGUCAUACGUGCGCUGCAUCAAGCCCAAUGACUCCAAACAAGCAGGUAUGAGGUCAUACUUUUCUGCUCAGUAGACAACAUGAUGAGGAUGUGGACCUGCUGAGAGAUUUCUUUACAUUAUGUGAGACUGUAAAUAAACUAUUAUGGUCAAAUUUAAAUUGAAAGGGUUAGUCCUGAAUCUUGAAGCUCCUCAUCAUAAGACUAAGACAGAAGUUGUUUUUAAGAGUCUAAAAAUGAUCUGAAACUUUAAGACAUUCAGGGUAAUUUUCAGUCGAACAGCUUUGAUUCAACUGUGUUUUUAUCAAGAAAUCUGUCAGAGCGGACAUUUAUUAUCUUGAUCGUUGAAGACAGCUGACCUUAAUGAUGGACUUAAAAAGUAACUGAGUUUAGAGGGAAAAAAAGCAGAUUAAAACAGAAAGUGAGAACUCUCCUGUUGAUUCCUUUCAUAUCAUGCAAUAAAGACCGUGUGUUAUAUUAUUACCCUGAUUAUACUAGGUAGUUUUAUAGUUUUAAUGCUGCUAUGAAAGUGAGUAACAAAAAAAAAAAUUCAUUCGGAUUUGAAUUGAUUGAUUUAAUUUAAAGCUCCUGUAAGGAGUUUUUAGCUCGUCAUCAAAAGUCUGAAAUCAAUAAUAAUGUCCUCUAAUGCCCUGUAAAAACUGAAGAGACCAUCAGGAACAGGAGUUCUAAUUUCUAUAUCCUGAUCUUUAAAGCCUUGUACCACUGCAGCAGGGUAAGAAUCAGACAAAGUGAUUGAUUGCCUACAGCCAAAGCCGCCUUUUUUACCUUUGCCACAGAGAGUGAUUGGCUGACUGUAAAAUACAGCAAGAUGAGACAUCAUCCAGCUGCAGUCACAGACUUCUGAGAAUUCUUCAAAUCAAGUUUUUGAGAAACACUCUUAUAUCAGUGAUUAUGACUCUUGUUUACUUCAAUAAACUAAGACAGUUUCCACGGUCUAAUCCGCUUUUAUGUAACACUUGUUGUAAACACUCUUGCUGUAGCAGCUUAGCAGCUUUAACCGGCUAAUUAUUCUCAGAAACAUAAUAUUAAUCUGCAGCUUUAGCUAAUUCUAAACCCAAACAGUUUGUUUUCAGCUGCAUGAGCUGCCGCAGUGUGACUCUCCGUGUGGUCGUCAGUUUAUCGGGCCGCCCUUUGUUUCUCUCCACAGUCGUCCUUUUGUUUCAUGUUCACACUGCCGCUCUGUCCUCGUUCACUCCCACUGCUGAUGUUCAGCAUUUUCUGGUUUUCUCUGGUUCAUUUAGCUCCAACUGAUUCGCUCUGUACCUCUUUCCUCUCUCUCCUCCUCUUCCUCCUCCCGUCUCAGGUCGGUUUGACGACGUGCUGAUCCGGCACCAGGUCAAGUAUCUGGGGCUGAUGGAGAACCUGAGGGUGAGGAGGGCCGGCUUUGCUUACAGACGACGCUAUGAGGUCUUCCUACAGAGGUGAUCAUCUGUGACCGUGUGAAAGUACUGCAUCACAUAUGUCUCAUAAAUCAACAUUAAUGUGAGAAGAAAUGAACUUAAGCUGUGAAUGAAAAAACACUCAAAGUGAAGAAAGGAUGUCCAACUUUGAGGACCAUCCUACCUGAGCUGCUGAAACGCACCCGUCUAUCAGUCCUAUCAUGCAUACCUCUGAGCCUAAAUGCAACAAAAUGAAAGAGUUAUAAAAAUAUAUAACCUCCAAAAUGUAAUCAGGUGUGGAAACAUGCAUUUAGAUAUCAGCUCGGAUGAUGCUUCCUUUUCCAAAUCAGCCAGAUUUUUCAGUCACUUCAUCUAUUUUUCAGAGUUUGCUCCUCAGUUCAGACUCAUCAGGGUUUUGGGGGGCUGUGAGCCAGACUGUGAGACCUGAUAGAAGAGUUUUGCUGUUAUUCUGAAUCGGCAAAAAAGGGAGGAAUAUUUGAAGCUGAAGUCUGGGUGAGCACAGCCCUGAUUUAACUUGUGUUUGUGUCUGUUCAGGUAUAAGUCUCUGUGUCCUGACACGUGGCCAAACUGGGAGGGGAAACUCUCAGAUGGAGUGGCCACUCUUGUCAAACAUCUGGGAUACAAGCCCGAGGAGUACAAACUGGGCAGGUCAGCAGAAAGUAAAGAUUUAAAACCUCAGCGUCAAACCUUUUUCAAGAUUAAUAAUUUUGACUUUCCAUUAAACUCUCUAGAUCCAAAAUCUUCAUCCGUUUCCCAAAGACUUUGUUCGCCACUGAGGAUGCGCUGGAGACCAGGAAGCACAGUCUUGGUGAGACACUCUGACAUGACUUUAGAUUUGUGCAUCUUGUAUAAUCAUCACCGGACACAUUUAAACAUUUGCUUCUUUCAUUUUGAACCCUGCAGCCACUAAGCUGCAAGCAGGAUGGAAAGGCUACAGCCAGAAGUCCAAAUACCAAAAACUCAGAAUCUCAGGUGAGAAAUCUCGGCCACUUUCUCCCUUUAAUUACAGUCAGUAGUUUUUUUUUUUUUUUUACUAGUGUUAAAGACAAAGAUGUAUGCUGUGUCUUGCAGUUAUUGCCAUUCAGGCGUGGUGGAGGGGGAUCCUGGCCAGGAGGAGGGCAAAGCGCAGGCGACAGGCUGUUGAUACAAUCCGCAGGUACAGACCAGCAGACGGCUGCAGCUGCUGAGAGCAUCAUUUGAUUCUGCUUUCUGCCCUGUCUCAGGAUCAGAAGUGCAGAUUAUAGGAAUACUGUGUAUUCUGAUGUAACAGAAAAAACAUUGUGUCAUUGUUGUUGUUGUUGUUGUCACUGAGUCUAAAUGUGAUGUGCUUUAGUUACCAGCAACUCUCCAGAGGUCGGUCACAGUAAAAUCCUGAAUGUGUUUGGCUUUAAGCACUAGUGUUUGUGAAUUCAUACUAUAUUUAUUACAAAUGAAGCUCAUUUUGUCCAAUGUCUGCAUAAAGGCUUCUGUUGAGCAGCAAGUGAUUCAAGUCUGGAUGGUUAAGACCUCUUCAAAGAUAUUUCUUUGGGUUUUUCAUGCCUCCAUCAACAGAGGAGGAGAACAGAUGAAGUCAGAGACAGAAAAGAAAGGAUGGGGAUGACAUUUGAUUCAGCUGUGAGGUUAACGCAGUAACUCUCUUUUCAUUCAGGUUCAUCAAAGGUUUCAUCUACCGCCACAAGGAGCGCUGUCCAGAGAAUGAGUACUUCCUGGAUUAUGUUCGGUACUCCUUCCUCAUGAAUCUGCACAGAAACCUGCCCAAAAACGUCCUGGACAAAAGCUGGCCCACACCGCCGGCUGCUCUUACUGAGGUGGGGACACGAUACACACUCGAACACACACACACUCAGACACACAGUCAGGCAGAUGAGACAGCUGGAGGCUUAAAGAUCUUUUGGGAAAGUUAUGACUCAAACUGGAUCACUUUUAUUUAUAUAUUAAAAUAGUUUCUUCACAUGUUAAAAUUAUAAAGACUAAAGACAAUAAUGCGACUUAAAAGGGACACAAACUUGAGGCCUUCAGGUGUCUAUUUCUGUUUAAGAACCAGUCCAUAAAGCAAAGUCUCUUUUCAAACUAAAAAGUCAAGAAGUAAGAACAGCAAAAAAGCAAACCCUAAUGAUGAAGAUAUUUGGAAAUCCUUUUGAUUACAGGCGUCUGAGCAUCUGCGUAAGCUGUGCAUGCAGAACAUGGUGUGGAGCUACUGCAAGAAGAUCAGUCCAGAGUGGAAACACCAGGUGAGUUUACGUCCCAUCAUUAUUUUUAGACGUGAACUCACUCUCCGUGAUCUGCCUCCUCCCUUUUCCUUCACUGUCCUCUAAUCUGUCUGAGCAGAUGGAGCAGAAGAUGACCGCCAGUGAGAUCUUCAAGGACAAGAAGGACAACUACCCACAGAGUGUGCCCAAACUGUUCGUCAGCACACGACUCAGUAAGACUUUCCUGCUUUAACAGACAAGUCGUGAAACUCCUACAGGUCACGUUUUAGAUUUUAACAGUGAGCGUGUCUCUUCUUUUCAGACGGCGAGGACAUUAACCCCAAAGUGCUGCAGGCUCUGGGGAGCGAGAAGAUGAAGGUUGGUGGAGCAAAACAUUCUAUUUCAGAUUUAGGGGCCCAAUAUUAAAGUGUUUGUUUUCUAUAUUAUUGCACUCAACACAGACUUCAGCCUCUAUGGUUUAAUUUAUGAACUGUUGCAUGGAAGUCAAAAAGCACAUACCGCUCUCUUUGCCACAUCAUAGGUUAUGAUUUGUUCAAUAAGAGUUGGUGCUCCUGCAUAUAUAUAGUUAAAAGUCUCAAUUUUUAUAAAGUUUGGCUCCAUUGUUGAAGCAUUUGGCCUGUAAGCAGGGGCAGCAGUCGUGUGGUCACAGUUUUGAGUCAGACCUCAGCCCCACUUUCUUCCUCCAACAUUUUCCGUCAUCGUGCAGCUGUCUUUUCAAAAUAAGAGCACCAAACUGCUCCAAAAUGUGAAGUUUUAUGAGUGUUUCCUCCGUCUUUUCUCAGUACGGAGUGCCAGUCACCAAGUACGACAGGAAAGGCUACAAGGCUCGUCCCCGACAGCUGCUGCUCACCAACAACAGCGCCAUCAUCGUAGAGGAGGGCAAACUCAAACAGCGCAUCGAUUACGGAUCCCUGAAAGGUCAGAGGUCACAGCCAGUCAUUAUACCCAGAGUGGGUGUGUGUCUCUUAAUGCAGACUGUGAUUGGCUGAUUUCUUACUCAAACUGUCCUGCAGGUAUCUCCGUCAGCUCUCUCAGCGACGGCCUGUUUGUUCUGCACGUGCCCAGUGAUGACAACAAGCAGAAGGUGAAAACAUGUCACAAAGCAGUAAUUCCAUCCUUAAGGGUACAGUCUGGGUUAUUGUGAUUGUAAAGGUUUUGUAGAGGUUUUGACUGUGCUGCUCUAUGGUGGUCUAUUCUCAGGGAGACGUGGUCCUGCAGAGUGAACACGUCAUCGAGACCUUGACCAAGAUUGCCAUCUGUGCCGACAAAAUGAACAGCAUCAACAUCAGCCAGGGCAGGUGAGGAGCACAGACCUGUGUCACUCUUGAACCUUGUCCCGUUUUCUGUCUGUGUUUGUCCCGCUGACAUGAAUACCUCUGUGCCUCUGCAGUAUAAAGUUUACAUCAGGACAGGGGAAGGAGGGGAUCAUUGACUUCACACCGGGAUCAGAACUUCUGGUGACCAAGGCGAAGAACGGACAUCUGUCUGUGGUGAGCCAACAAAUCCUUCUCAGUCUUCUCCACUUGUAUCCAGAUAUGUUUUUAAACUGAAGAUUAUCAGUAUUUCUUUUGAGUCAGUCAGGGCAGACCGACAGAACAGCAGGUUCAGAAUUUAGGGCUUCAUAUUUGAACACCUGAGGUCACUUCUUUAAGCUUAACACCUGCUUUAUCCUGCAUGACACUAACUAAACUUACUCUAAGCCUCUUUUAUGAAGUAUUUCAAUGCUGAAUUUGUCUAAUAGGAGCCAUUUUGCAGGCAUACUGACACAAAUAUAAGACUGUUUUCCUGAUACACCAGUUAUUCCUCAAACUUUACAUGCAGGGAGCUUAAGGUUCAAGUUUUUGCUGAUCAAACAGGUGAUGAUUGUACUUUAUUACUAAAAACAUAGUGGUUGGAGAAAGUGUACACCACUAAUACCCACUGCCACUUCAUCAGUUAAUUCAAAGAAUAAUUCUGACUACACUCCCUGGGAAUUUAAGUUGAUAAACUUAAAUUGGGGGCAAAUUUGGUGUUAUGGUAUGUUUGACACUAAAUUAAUUUUACGCCGGAAUAUCCCUUUAAGCACCACAUUGUUGUUUAGUGUCAGGACUCUGAAAAGACUGUGGUAUAACUCCUUAAAACAGCAUGAUGUGGCUAAAGGUUAACUAAAUUAGCGACUUCAUCCUGUAAUAAAUCAAAAAAAAUCUUUUUUUUCCUCUAAAUCUGAUCUUAAUACUACUCUCAUCUUUUCUCUGAUUUCAUCUGAUUUUACCUUCUUGAGUCGCCUCCUGUUGGCCAUUAAAAGAACAGGGGAAAGUAACUCCUGCACUGGCUUCACUUUUUGACCAUAAGGCUGAAUUAACUUCUCUGUGGUCCAGAGUCUUAGUUUAAACCUCUAACAUGAUGUUUUUUCUCCAGAUGGCUCCCAGACUGAACUCCAGAUGAUGGCUGCUCUGACCGCACCUGAACACCUGGACCUUUGAGCUCCUCCUCCACCUCUCCUAUCCUCCAAUCACACGACAGCAGACCCCGCUCUGCCCAAGCCUAAGUGCUUCCAAUUAAAAAACAAAUAAAAAUCAAGCAAACUAAUUGAUAUAUUUAUGUUUAUAUAUUAUAUUUUUGGGAUUAAUACUGUUGCUGUUUGAAUAUUCUGAUUUUAUAUUUGAGGCCAAGGAAUAACAAAUGUUGUGGGUGCGUUUUUCUUGCACCUUGUGUGUUUAUUGUGCUUUUUUUGGGAACAUGACCAAGACAACAACGAGGGAAGAGUCAGGAUAAGAGUUAGAAGGAGAUUGUUGUCAGAAAAAUCAGGGUUAGUUGUUGCCUGUUGCCUCUUUCCCUCCUGUUUACCUCCUCUGCUUGACUCGUAUGCUUGCUGACACUAACUAAUGGGGUUGGAUGGUUGUAAUCAAACCAUGAAAGAACAAAUGCUUAUGGUAUGUAGGAAGGCUGUAGAGAGGUUUGACGAUGAGGAAUAACAACCUUUCAAUCAAACAGUGAUGCUUCUGUAAGACAGGGCUGACAGUCAAAUCGGAUUUUGCCGUGUCUUUAUAAGAAAGGGAGCUUGUUUAUAGAGAUCCACUCCUUAAAAAUACCCAGAAUGCAUUUUAAAUGCUGCAAAAAGGAACAAAGUAUGUGCGCAGUGGUUUAGAAAAGUGGUAAGUAAGAUGAUUUCGAGUUACAGAUACAUGAGCCCCGGUGCUUGUGCCUUCCUCACUGACUAAUUUAUUUAUAAUUAGUGCGAUGAGUUGUUUGUAGACUUCUGAAAAACCAUGACGCUCUGCACCAGAAUGAGUCGAGUUGAGUGUAGAUAGGAAGCCGUUGUCCUCCAACUUAAUAUGUUUUUGUUUGUGAUGACACAUGUAACCAGAGAAUUUUCACUGUUUUCAUCAUUUCCUGCUUUCUUCCGCCUCUCCUCCCUCACCUGCCUGUCGCCUCUCACAGAACUGAAUCUUGACAGCCCGCUAUCACUGAACUGGUCUAAUUGCUCCACCUGACCAACUUAUAGACCCUUUGUUUUCAAAAGCUACCAAAUGUGCAUCUAACACAAAUUUUGAGAUUGAAAAAGCCUUAUGAGUGUUUUUUUUGUACUUUGAAUCUAGUUUGGACUCCGUUUUGGUCAGAGACAGUCAAAGCUCAUGCUCCAAAUUUCACCAUGUGUUUAUGACAAAGAUAAUUAUCUGCAUCUCAGGGCAGAGCAUCACUCUAAAAAUACCACAAAUUGACUUAAAGAUGCAUGACAAAACAGGAUUUUUACCACCUUAAAAAAGUGCCUUACCUAGCAAUCACAGCUCUCUCACUUGUCUGAUUAAGAUUAAUAACUAUGAUAGUUUUUCUUGAAAUGGACUUGGGACUGACUACUUUUUCUGUAAAAAAUGGGAAAGAAAUCCUUUAUAAAUUUUUAAAGCUCCUGUAAGGAAAAUUGUGGUUGGUGUUAACUUUGCUGCCUCCCUAUGAACUAAGCAGUCUUUGCUUAUCUUGUCCUUUAAUUGCUCCAGUAGUUUUGAUGUAAAAAAAAAAUCUCAUCCUGCUGUCUUUUGACUGUCAAAUGUGUUGUUCAUUGUGAGUACAUACAUCUCAAUUUCAAAACAGGGCUGUUUUAGCUGCUCUGCUAACACCUACCCCCCUCGCACCAGUUUCAGACAUUGAAAAUUACAAUAUGAACAUGUUCAGUUUGGUCCCUGAUGGUUUUGUUUGCUUUAAUCUUUGUGGUCAAGCACUAAAUAACUAACAAGUAGUGACUCAGCGAGCCAGGGUGACUUAUGCCAACAAAUUAGCUUGCUACUAAACUAGAAUAUUUUUACAGAUUAUUGAUUAGACGUCAAUGACAUUAAACUAGCAAGAUUUAUCAUCACAUUACAGUAAUGUGGAAUAUUAGGAAAGACAUUCAAGUUAGCGUGUCGUGCAUUUCAAAUUAAAGCUACUGAACGCUGUUGGUCAUUUUCAAAAUGUAACCGUUUCAGAGAGAGGCUUUGUAAAAUGGCAAACUAUAGCUUUUCCUGCAAGAUUUAGACGAGAAGAUCAGUACCAGUCUUUUAAAUGUUUGCUAACUGUAAGCUUACAGCUGAACAACAGAGGUUAGACAAACUUUAACACAAUAUAUUUUGUUAUAUUUUGAAUAGCUGAAACAUAUAAAGUAAAGAAUUUUUGGCAAAAUUACAGAAUUCCUCCAAAGUAAGCGACACGGCUCAGACUAAAGGCUGCCAACAGACCAGUUCUACGAUAAAAAAGGUCUCUCUAGCUUUGACCAAAGACUCAUCCUGAAAAGUUAAAAACUUUUAAAAGGAGCUAAAAAAUGUUCUCUAGAUUAUUGUUUGUUCUCUUUUUCCUCAAUCAUUUUAUGAACUUCUUUCUGCACGAGAUCGGUGCAAUAUGCCGAGGCAGGACUGUGCUACUGCACUUAAAAUUGACUCGCCAAAGACUUUGUUGAUUUCUCGUGAUUUUGUGUUGUAUGAUUUAUAUAGUACUUUGUCACUUUUGAAUGUUUAUGUUGUUUUUUUCAGGAGGGAGAUCUGUAUGUACAGUUUGUGUUAUAAUGAGGAUUCAAGCCAAGUAUGGGUUUGAUGAUGAGAAAUGUUGUGGGAGGAAAAGCUUCUAGUAUUGUUUGUCAAAGCAAACUGUCCAUGUGCCUUGUCAGAUAGCAAUAAAUCAGCCGUGUGUAAUUAUUAGAGAAUACCUUCUUGAGAAUCCAAUCUUUGUGGCCAUUUCUAAAAUUUCCGACACCUCUUUCCUCUCUGUGUAUAAACUUUAUUCAAACUAAAUCCUAAGUUUAUCUCCUGAUUUACAGAUGCACUCCUGUUAUCAGUCCUGACUUACUGUAUGCAACGCACCAAUGUAUAAUUAUGCCAACACACUAAAAGAUAAGAUACUAAAGAUUUGAAAAAUAAAUUUAGUAAAUACAAACUGG